CUGCAGAAAAUAGCAUCAAAGUGACUGACUUCACAUUACACUACGAACCCGACCAAUCGCAGCGUAGUUCUCAUGGUCACACUCCGGCUUAAGACGUUCACUACUCUUAAGCUAGUCAGUCUAUCUCAAGACUUUCAGUGAGUAGCUAGUGAAUUAAAAAAAGACAUCGUGGAGUCAUAGGGCCGCUUUUUGCCCUGGCGAAGAUGGCCAUGGCGACUGCGAAAAUGAAGAUAAUUCUUCCGUUGGUCGUAUGGAUUUGGCUUCACGUAACUCCAACGACGGGCCAAUCCUUCGGAGGGAUCGGCUUCGGUAUCAAACGCGAGAUAUUCUUUUUAAACCUUGAGGACGGAUAUUUCGGAUGUCAAGUAAACGAAUCGACCGACGUUUUACAACUUUUCGAAUUGUCGAAAUUAUGCGACGGAAUUCCGAACUGCUACCUCGGAUCCGACGAACUGGCCAAGGAACUGAAAUGUACAGAUGACUGUCGGAAAGAAGAUGGCACGGAAUGCCAAAACGGGGCAUGCCUCGAUAAUCAAUGUUACUGUAACGACGGUUAUGGAGGCUGUAGCUGCGAAGUUCCCGAUGAAAACGAAUGCAAGUAUCGACCUUGCGACGUGUUUGCUCAUUGUACUAACACCUUGGGGAGCUUUUCUUGUACGUGUUAUCCAGGAUAUCAUGGAGAUGGUUUUCAAUGCGAAGAUAUCAACGAAUGCGACGAUCCAUCGAUAGCGGCAAGAUGCGUGGAAAACGCAGAAUGCUGCAACUUACCGGCACAUUUUCUAUGCAAAUGUAAACCAGGUUUUCAAGGAGACGGCGAGGUACAAUGCUUAGAUGUCGACGAAUGCCAACUACCAAACGCUUGCGGACAAAAUGCCCUUUGCCAAAACUCACCGGGCAACUACACGUGUUUUUGCCCGGAUGGUUAUCACGGCAAUCCUUACGACGGAUGUGUAGACUUAGACGAAUGCGAACAAUUGGGAACUUGUGGGCCGGGUGCAAUAUGCACCAACCUCGUCGGCGCCAAACAAUGUCACUGCCCACCGGGUUACACGGGCGAUCCAUACACCAGGGGAUGCGUUGACUUGGACGAAUGCUCUAGGGCGAACCCUUGCGGAAGAAACGCGCACUGCUCAAACCUAGACGGAAGCUUUCGAUGCGCUUGUCCUCCUGGAUUUAUUGGCGAUCCGAUGAUCGACUGUACAGACAUUAACGAAUGUGACUCAAACCCCUGCGCAUCAACUGCUUCCUGCCUCAACACUAACGGAAGCUACUCGUGCUUGUGUCCGGAAGGAUACACGGGAUCCGCUAACGAAGAUUGCCACGAUAUCGACGAGUGCGCAAGACCGGGCGCUUGCGGGAUAAACGCAAAAUGCAUUAAUGUUCCUGGGUCUCAUAAAUGCCUUUGCCCGCCAGGCUUCACGGGACAAGGACACCUCUACUGCGAAAAUAUAAAUGAAUGUGAACCAAAUCCGUGCGGCAAAAAGGCCGUAUGCAAAGAUACCGUAGGCAGUUUUGUCUGCGUGUGCGAAGAAGAUUUUACUGGGGAUCCUAUGAAAGGAUGCUCAGACAUAGACGAAUGUACGACCUUAGAUAAGCCUUGCGGUAAUCACGCUAUUUGUGAAAACGCUGUCCCGGGAUACAAUUGCGUCUGUCCUCAAGGGUACCAGGCGAGACCGAGUCCAGAAAUCGCAUGCGAACAAGUGGACGUCAACGUUCUAUGUAAAUCAAACUUUGAUUGUACCAACAACGCCGAGUGCAUCGAGAAUCAAUGUUUCUGUCAGAGCGGUUUUGUGGCAAAAGGAUCAGUUUGUGUGGAUAUCGACGAAUGUUUAUCGUCCCCUUGCGGGCCGUACUCCGUGUGCAAGAACACGAUCGGCAGCGUUCGAUGCGAGUGCGAGCCUGGUUAUAUCGGUAGCCCACCGAUUCUAGAAUGCAAAGCACCAUGCGAUCACGUGAAAUGUGGCAACCAUGCUUACUGCAAACCAGAUGGAGAAGAAGCGUACUGCAUUUGCGAAGACGGUUGGACUUUCAACCCUAGCGAUAUCGCCGCUGGUUGUAUCGAUAUUGACGAAUGCGACAAAUCUAACGGUCCGAGCGGAAGAUGUGGCACCAACGCACUGUGUACGAACUUGCCCGGUACUUUUGCCUGUCAGUGCCAACCAGGCUACAUCGGUAAUCCAAAUAAGCAGUGCACGGACGUUGACGAAUGUUCCACUCCGAAUUCAUGUGGAGUAGGCGCCGUUUGCAUAAACUCUGCGGGCUCAUACUCCUGCGAGUGCCCGGAAGGCACCAUACCUGAUCCCGACGCCAAAACUAAGUGCAACGAGAUUGUCACGUGCAAAUCCGAUUCAGAUUGUCCAGGAAACGCACUUUGCGAUAACAUGCGCAGAUGCGUUUGUCCGGAACCCAAUAUUGGAAACGACUGCAGACAUCCCUGUGAAACGAUUUCCUGCGCAAACAACGAGGAAUGCAUGCUGAUCAAUCACGAAGCCAAAUGCAUUUGUUCGCUUGGCUACACAGGCACGCAGUCUGGCUGCGUAGACAUCGACGAAUGUUCUGAAAACCCGUGCCAGGCCGGAGCAAUUUGCGAAAACAAGCCCGGCUCGUUUUCAUGUCAGUGUCCCGGAGGAUCCACCGGCGAUCCCUACAGAACUGGUUGCUUGAAAAAGAGCGAAACCGAAGGGUGUUCGAAUGCGAAUCCGUGUCCUGCAGGAGAGCAAUGCAUUUUGGAUGACUUUACGCACGAGAGUGUGUGCAUUUGUCUGCAGGGAUACGUCAGAGACCACGAAACUGGGAAAUGCCGGGACGCGGACGAAUGUACCGAAUUGAGGGACAAAGCUGCCUGCGGCUUAAACGCCGUUUGCAAGAACCUACCGGGCAGCUACGAUUGUCAAUGCCCUCAAGGUUUUAAUGGCAAUCCCUUCCAGGAAUGUAUCGAAUGCGACAGUGUGGAAUGCCGGUGUCAACCCCCCUAUGAACUAAAAGAUGGACAUUGCGUACUAGCCGGUUGUGGACCCAACGGCGAGUGCCCUAACGGGGCCGAAUGUAUCACUAUCACCGGUGGGGUUAGUUACUGUGCUUGUCCUAAAGGGUACAAAACGUCUUCGGACGGUUCGUGUGCCGACAUAGACGAAUGCAUAGAACAGCAACAGAUUUGCGGUUACGGCGCCGAAUGCGUCAAUCAAAAUGGCUCGUACGAAUGUCAUUGCCCCCACGGGUACAGCGGCGACCCCUACAAUGGCUUGUGUUCUCCCGCUCAGAAGAAAUGUAUCAGCGACAAGGAAUGUCCGGCGAAUGAGAAGUGCGUGCAACCGGGAGAGUGCGUCUGUCCGCCACCAUACUUUGUAGACUUGGAAGAUCAGAAUAGGUGUAAGAGUCCUUGCGAGCGGUACCCCUGCGGUAUAAAUGCCGACUGUAUACCCAGCGAUCCUCCGAAAUGCGUUUGCGCACAAGGAUACGAAGGCGACCCACUGCAAGGGUGCAUCGACAUCGACGAGUGCGCAGCAGCACCGUGCGCAUACGGCGCGCAUUGCUUGAAUCUGUUGAAUGGUUACAAAUGCGUCUGUCCGAAAGGGAUGACCGGCGAUGCGUAUAAAGGGGGGUGCAUUGUAGAGACGCCCGGAACAGGUAAAACCGAAUGUCAAUCCAAUAAAGAUUGCGUCUCCGUUUUGAGCUGCCAAGACGGUAGCUGCAUAAAUCCUUGUCAUGCCGUGUCAUGCGGAACUCAUUCGAAAUGCAGAUCCGAAAAUCAUAAUGCAGUGUGCGAGUGCGAAGUUGGAUUUGCUGCGAACACAAAUGGAAAGUGUGUAUCCCUAUGCGAGAGAUUUGAUUGUGCUAGCGGUGCUCAGUGCAUCGUAACUGAGGGCGGACCGACUUGCAGAUGUCUAGAAGGAUUUCUGGGAAAUCCUUUUCCCGGUGGACAGUGUGUAACGGAUCUGUGUUCCACCAGCAGUCUGUGUCAAGAACCAAAGGUGUGCAUAAACGGUCGUUGCAAGGAGAGAUGCGAGGGUGUCACUUGCGGAAUAGGUGCCCACUGCAAUAAGAAUACUAACAGAUGCAUAUGCGACCGAAAUCUUAUUGGAAAUCCUGAUAUCGUCUGCAUGCCCCCCAUAACCGGACCCGUAUGCGAGCCUAAGUGUGGAAAAAAUUCUCACUGCGAAUAUGGUCUGAUAAAUCAAUGCGUCUGCAAUGCUGGCCACACAGGGAAUCCUUACGAACUGUGCGAAGUGGUGAAAAAGAAGAAAUGCAGUUCCGCUUCGUGCGGUACAAACGCCGAGUGCUCGGAGACUAACACCGGAAUCGAAUGCUACUGCAAACACGGUUUCACCGGCAACGCUUUCAUCGAAUGCAAAGACAUCGACGAAUGCAACGGCAACGUGUGCGGAAACGACGCCGCUUGCAUAAACACGAUCGGAAGCUACGAUUGCAGAUGCAAAGAGGGCUACGCGGGUAACCCGUUCGUAUUCUGUUCGCAAUUGCAAAGCGGAAUAUGCAAAACUCCCGAAAAUUGUCGCUGCAAUGAUUUCAAUUUGUGUCCGUCCGGUUUCACGUGCGAACGUGAACGUUGCAAGAACCUAUGCGAGAACGUCAAGUGCGGACCGAAAGCGUUGUGCGAUAAGGGUCAAUGCCAGUGUCCCUCGGGAUACGUGGGCGACGCGACCGACCUCCGCGGCGGUUGCAAAAUUCCCAACGAAUGCAACAGCGAUGCCGAUUGCCACGAAACUGAAAUUUGUUUCCAACAGAGCAAAGGUUCCAGGAAAUGUUUGGAUGCAUGCAGCAAAGGUCAGUGCGGUCCCAAUGCGUUGUGCGUUGCCGAAGGACAUAGAAUAUCCUGCAUUUGCGCUGCUGGAUUUUCCGGAAACCCUACCGAUUUCACUACCGGUUGUCAAGUCGAAGAGAGGACCAACACGAGACGGUGCGAUCGCGACGGCGAUUGCGAGUUCGGUCACAUUUGUUCAAUAGGCGACAAAGGACUCCAAGAGUGCCGAAACGCCUGCGAGGUCGUCGCCUGCGGCGUCUACGAAAUCUGCAAGAUCGAUUUCGGUGGACAUCCGACGUGUGCAUGUAAAGACGAGUAUAUUUGGAAUCCUGUGACGUCUGCUUGCGAAAAACCAACCCUGCCGGACUGUAAAAGUGACACCGAUUGCGAUGCGGUAGCUGCCUGUCAGCCGGAUGCCCUCGGUGUUCGGAAGUGCACCCUCGUGUGCUCCCAUUUCACGUGCCCUAACAAUUCCGCGUGCGUUGCCGAGGCUCACCGAGGACAGUGCCAGUGUUACACCGGUUAUACCGGCAAUCCGAGCGAUAGGAACGGUUGUCGACCGGUGACGAAGGAUUCGUGCUCUUCAAAUUCAGAAUGCGCUGAAGAUGAGACCUGUGAGAACGAGCCCAAGGAGAACAUCAGGAAGUGCAUAGCGGCUUGCGGGAUUCUUACGUGCGGUCCUAACGCUUUGUGCGUCGUUAACAAUCACGUUCCUCAGUGUCAAUGUCCAAGCGGGUCCUAUAUCGGAGACCCGAAUGACCCCAACACAGGUUGCACGGCAGUGCCCUGCGUAUAUAACGCGGAUUGUCUGCCAUCGCAAUUAUGUAACCGAAUGACUCACACUUGUCAUGACGUGUGCGACGACGAGUCGUGCGGAACUAACGCGGUAUGUAUCGGAAUAGACCAUAAAUCAAAGUGUCAAUGUCCCGUCGGGUACGCCCCAAAUCCCAUCGCCGACGUAGAGUGCGUCCCGACAAACGCCUGCAGGAACAAUUCCUGCCAUAAAACGGCCAUAUGCGAAUCAAUUUCCGGUGGAUUCAAGUGUAAAUGCCCGGCGGACAGGAUCGGUGACCCGUACAAGAAAGGGUGCACUAGAAUCAAUGUCUGUGCCCGCGAUACCGACUGCUCGGAUGAAUCGAAAUGUCAUCAGGGUACGUGCAUUAACCCAUGUCAGAACAAAACAUGUGGCUCCAGCUCCAUUUGCCGCGUAAUAGACAGACAGGCCGUGUGUAGUUGUCCCUCUGGCUUUAGCGUUUCGGAAAAUGGAAUCCAGGAAGGAUGUUUGAGGAGCAUCGUCGCCUGCAUAUCGGAUAAGGACUGUUUCGGUGAAGUUUGCGAUCAAGGACAAUGCAGACCAGUCUGUCGCAAUAAUGACGACUGCUCGUACGGCGAAAGAUGCCUAGAUAACAAGUGCGUGGCACCUUGUACGGAUCAUAGUCAAUGCCUCGGAAGUCAAGCGUGUGCUAGCGGAGUUUGCACGAUCGGAUGCAGAAGUGAUAGAAAUUGCGAAUCUGAUGAGGCUUGCAUUAAUAAUACAUGCCAAGAUCCGUGUAAAAGUGGAGCCUGUGGUCCAAAUGCCGUCUGCCAAUGCGAAGAUCACAAAACCGUGUGCGAGUGCCCCAGCGGUUUCGGUGGAAAUCCGACACCCCAGCAAGGGUGUAUCCGAAUACCGGCGUUGUGCAAAAGCGACAAAGAUUGUCGUCGCGAUCAAUCGUGUAACGAUGGACAGUGCACAUUGGCAUGUGAAAAUAAUAAAGAUUGCGCGAUCGGCGAACGUUGCACCGCUAACGGUUGUCUGAAAGUGUGUUUCGGCGAUAGCAACUGUUUGCCGGGAGAAAUAUGUAUAGAGGAGAUCUGCCGACCUGGCUGUGCCACAAAUUCUGACUGCAAUGCUUCCCAAGUAUGUCUAAAUGGAAAAUGCAAGUGUCGCAUCGGGUAUAUAGGAACGCCUGACGGUUGUUUAGAUAUAGAUGAGUGCGAAGCGAAUCCUUGUCAUCCCAGCGCGGUGUGUCAAAACAAAGUGGGUUCUUAUGCAUGUUUAUGUCCCGAAGGCAUGGUCGGCGAUCCUACCGCGGAUCCUGGCUGUUCUUUGUCUGGCCAAUGUAGGCGGGACCGGGAUUGUCACGAGGAUCUAGUUUGCAAACGAAACAAGUGCCAGAACCCCUGCGAAACAACCAAAUGCGGAACGCACGCGUUGUGCUCGGUAACUAACCACAAGCUUUCUUGUGCGUGUCCGCCUGGUCACCUGGGUAACCCAUACGACAAGAACCUGGGUUGCUUCCGAGUUGAGUGUACCGAAGACGACGAUUGUCCAUCCAAUCGCUUUUGCAACGCCCAUUCUAACAAAUGUCUAGAUCCGUGCGGAUUCGUUGAUUGUGGAAAGGGGUCAUGUAUCGCGAAAAGUCACCUUGCCACAUGCUCCUGCCUCGUUGGCUAUCAAUUAAUAGACGACAAAUGUUUAGAUGUGGACGAAUGUUUUGAAACCAAUCCUUGCCACAGUUCUGCGACUUGUAUCAAUACCGACGGUGGCUUCACUUGCAUAUGCGAGAAAGGUUUGGUCGGAGAUCCUGUUACUGGCGGAUGCAGGAGUCCUGGCGAUUGUCUAGUAGACUCCGACUGCCCUUCGUCGGCCUACUGCGCCAACUUCGUGUGCAAAAACCCUUGUUCUAUCGGAAAUGCGUGCGGCAUCAACGCAGAAUGCGUACCCGACUCACACAAAGCAAUAUGCCGCUGUCCACCCAAGACUAAAGAAGAUUCCGACGGCAACUGUUUACCUGUCGAAUGCGCAGACAGUAACGACUGCGUUCUCGACAAAAGCUGCGUCGAUUCUUCGUGCGUUAACCCGUGCGAUCUACCUAACGUGUGUGGCGACAAUGCGGAGUGCACGCCAGCGAAUCAUUUACCGAUUUGUUCUUGCAAGGCCGGCCAUACGGGAGAUCCACAUCUGGGUUGUCUUUCGGUUCAAUAUUGUGCCAGCGAUCAACAAUGCGCGUCCGGCUUGAAAUGCUACAACGGCAUAUGCACUUCCAUAUGUUCCAGUUCGAGGGAUUGUAUUACGGACCAACUUUGCAUCCAAAGCAUCUGUCAGCCGAUCUGCAAGUCUAAUUCAUCGUGUCCCGAAUUCCAGUUCUGCCGCGACAACAUAUGCGUACAGGAGAUACGGUGCAAAACGAACAACGACUGCGACUACCCUGAGAAAUGUGUAUCAAACCCGCUAGGUCAAUCGGAAUGCGUUGACGCUUGCGAAAGCGUACUGUGCGGAAGAAAUGCCGAAUGUAGUUCGAAGAACCACAAAGCUGUAUGCGCCUGCAAGUCGGGUUACAAAGGCAAUCCGAACAAUGACAAAGUCGGCUGUCAAAAAGUCGAGUGUGAAACGAGCGAGGAUUGCUCGGCAGACAAACUAUGUGAUCAGUAUAUGUGCAAAAUUGCUUGCCUCGUGGACAACCCGUGCGGAAAGAACGCGUUGUGUUCGGCGGAACGUCACGAACAAAUUUGCUACUGUCAGCCAGGAUACAGUGGUGAUCCUUACGCAGGUUGCCAACUCGUCAACUUCUGCGCGGAUAACCCAUGCGGUUCCAGAGCCCUAUGCUCCAACACUCAAGGAUCGUUCAAGUGCUAUUGUCCGAACGAACUAGUAGGCGAUCCUUAUAAGGAAGGUUGCAGAGUUGCAGUGGAGUGUACGACAGACGGUGACUGUCCCACAUCGGCGGUCUGCAACAAAACAAUUAACAAAUGUAAAGACGUCUGCGAGAAUACCAGAUGUGGCUCGAACGCAGACUGCAUUGCGGUCAAGCACGAAGGACACUGCAGCUGCCGAACGGGAUUCCAAGGUGACCCGAAUGAUCUGAGCAUUGGAUGUAGGCCGAAACUUGUCAACUGUAAGACGACAGCAGAUUGUCCGGCCAACACUUACUGUUACGGCGACGCGUGCAAUGCACCGUGCCAGAGCAGCGAUGAAUGUCGAUCAUUUGAGCAAUGCUUGGAAGGCCAAUGCUUAGAUCCUUGCAAACUGCGCAACUCUUGCGGUAUGAAUGCACGUUGCAGCGUCGCCGAGCACAAGAAAUUUUGCAGCUGUCCCGAAGGAUUUACGGGAAACCACGACGUCGAAUGUAUACGACUGCCUAUCUCGUGCUCUUCAACUAAAGACUGCUCGGCAAACUCCACCUGCAAAGACAACAUGUGCACCCUCGGCUGCCAAUCGGAUCAGAAUUGUGCUUUGAACGAGAAAUGCCUAAAAGGAGAGUGUAAGCUCACCUGCCGCGUAGACAACGAUUGUUUCCUCGGCCACAUCUGCGUCAAAAAUAUGUGCGUCUGCGGGUGCCAUACGGACGACGAUUGCAGCAUCGCAGAGUCGUGCAGGAAUAACAAAUGUACGAACCCCUGCAAAGAAAAUCCGUGCGGCGCUAACGCGCUGUGUUCCGUAUCCGAUCACAGAGCUUUGUGUUCUUGCGGAAUCGGCUUAGUACCCAACCCUUCACCCAACAUUGCUUGCGUUCGAGCACCUCCUGAGCCUUGUACGCAGAACAGAGACUGUUCCGAAGGCAACACAUGCAGGGAUAAAUACUGCAGAAAUACUUGUUCUUCCGGUUCUGAUUGUUUUAACAAUGAACGAUGCGACAAUGGAGUUUGCAAACCAAUAUGCAGAAAGGACGACGAUUGCCGUAGUGGCGAAAUAUGCGACGGUAUAUCCUGCGCAGCUGGUUGCAGAUCUGAUUCACACUGCAGCGCAGAAAGGUCUUGUGUUAACAACAAAUGUAUCGACGUUUGUGCGUCACCCACGGCCUGCGGAAUAAACGCAAGGUGCUCCGUGGUCGACCAUAGAAGGGUCUGCGUGUGUCCCGCACCUUUGGAAGGUGAUCCGGUAGAAAUUUGUCGAUACCCGCUCAGAGCGUGUUUGAUAAAAGGAGAUUGUCCAGUAGACCAAAAAUGCAAAGACCGAUUCUGUCACAGGACGUGCAAGACGGAUGACAAUUGUUUGGCAAGCGAAAAGUGUGCUCGAGGUUUUUGCCAGUCGGUUUGCAACGCUGACUUUGAAUGUGGCACAGCGAAUCAAAUUUGCGAGAAUCGGCUAUGCGUUUUUGGCUGCCGAAACGAUUCAGUCUGUCCGGAGGAUGUAGCGUGCGUUAACAAAAAAUGUCAGAACCCCUGCGAUAUAGAGGCAACAAUAUGCGGCAAAUGCGCCAAAUGCGCCGUCCAGAAGCAUCUAGUACAAUGCAGCUGUCCCGUUAACUACAUCGGAGAUCCUUUGGUCUCGUGUGCACAGCCGCUUACAAAGUGCCACGAUAAUUGCAAUUGCGAUGAGUCCGGAUAUUGUGCGAAGCUAUGUGAAUCCACCGACGAAUGCUCGUGUGGAGAAACUUGCCUAAACGGACAAUGUCGAACUAUGUGCUCGGCUGAGCAGGGCUGUGUUCAAGGACAAAUAUGCGUGAGAGCCGCGUGCAUUCCCGGGUGUAAAUCCGACAACGAUUGCGGCAAUUCCGAAAUAUGCCGGGAUAAUAAAUGCGUCAACCCUUGCAAACUGCCAAACGUAUGCGGGAAGAACGCGUUGUGUAAAGUCACCGAACAUCGGAAAUUGUGUCUCUGUCCGGAUGGAUUCCAAGGCAAUCCGAGCAAGUUGUGCACCCCGUACGAGUGUAACGUCGACGAAGACUGCGACAUCAACAAGAAAUGCGGCUCGGACCGCGUGUGUAGGAACCCUUGCCUCGAACAGGGAUCGUGUGGGACCAAUGCCCAGUGCAAAAUCAUCGACAGGAAGCCUCACUGCUCGUGUCCACUUGGCUACAUAGGGAAUGCGGAAGUCGAAUGCAAGCAAGGGGGCUCUAAAGAAUGUCUCAAAAAUCCGUGCGGUCAAAAUGCAAAAUGCCAAGAUUUGAACGACGGAUACGAAUGCAAAUGCCCUUCAAAUUGCAUCGGGGACCCUUAUAGAAAAUGCGACUGCGAUGCUCAAACUGUAAAAUUGUGUAAGAACGUUCUGUGCGGCGUCGGAGCUCUAUGUAAAGUAGUCAAAGGAAAGGCUCAGUGCGCAUGUCCUUUAAAUAAACCGGCCGGAGAUCCAACCAUUGAAUGUUCCCUAGAACGAAGCGUGGUGGACUGCAGAACCGAAGGGUGCGGUAAGAACGCCGAGUGCAUUCGCGAACAGGCAUUCUUUGUGUGCCGUUGCAGGCCGGGAUACUCAGGCCAGCCCGACAAAGAAUGCCGCCGAGCUGCCGAAUGUAACAAUGACCUAGACUGCUCCGACCAGAAAGCUUGCAUCAACUUCCAAUGCGUUAAUCCCUGCUCUCUAAGAGGAGCGUGUGGCCUGAACGCCGUGUGCAAAACUAUUAGUCACAGGCCUCGGUGCACUUGUCCCGAGUGCCAUACUGGCUCCGCGAACGUAGGGUGCCAACCCGAUCCAAAAUGUUUGGCAACACAAGGUAGACCGGCAAUAAAAUACCACUGCACGAGAAAUGGCGAUUGCAACGCCACAUUGGCUUGUAACGCAGCCACCGGUCAGUGCUACGACCCCUGCGAACAUCAACGCAGCAAAUGCCAAGACGGCAAAAAAUGUGAGGUCCAUUAUCACAAGGCGACGUGCGUGUGUAAAAACGGAUUUACUGUUAAUAUACGGGGGGAGAUUGCGUGUGCCCCUGAUCAAGCCGAGUGCGAUACCGACGAUCAGUGUCCAUCGAACACGGCCUGCAUUGACAGGGCUUGCCAAAACCCUUGCACCGCCAGCAUACAACCGCCUUGUCCCGCAGAAAAGGGGUGCGACGUUUCGAACCAUAAACCGGUAUGCAUAUGUUUGAAGAACUGCAUCCCGUCCCUUUCGAUAUGUCUGAGGGACAACGGCUGUCCUGUAGACCAGGCAUGCAGGGCGUUCAGAUGCGAAAACCCUUGCGAGACGGCAAACUGCCCCGCGGACUCUCCAUGUCGGGUCGAAGACCAUAAACCUAUAUGCGAAUAUUGUCCGCCAGGAUUUAAAUCAGAUUCCCGACGCGGCUGCUUCAAAGACGUUCACUGUAAAUCUCACCUCGAUUGCCCAACUCAGCAGUCUUGUAUAAAUAGGUUAUGUCAAAAUCCUUGUUCGAUCUCCAAUCCGUGCACCAAAUCUCAAGAUUGUCAAGUUCAGGACCACCAACCGGUUUGCGUUAAAGUUUGCCAAUGUCAAAAAGAUAGCGAUUGCGCGCAGUCUCAUUUCAAAUGUGAUGGAUGUAAUUGCAUAAUAGAAGAGCCGAGAAUACCGCAAUGUUCACACUGUCCACCUGGUGUCGCUUGCGAUCCAUUAACCGGCGCUUGUCUAAAAGAUAUGGUUACAACACCAGAAACACUAACAGAAACACAAACUAUGUCUACUCUAUCCCAAAUAACAAACGCUAGUUCUGCCACCACUCUAACAUCUAAACGUGAGAGUACAGUGGAAACAGAGGGCGCCGCCACUCGCAGUGUAUAUACGACCUCGCACGCACCCCAAUCGGAAACUACUGACAACGGAAUUUCCACCGACCAAAUAGAAACUACUAGCGAACCAAAAAUCUUGGUUUAUCCGCUAACAGAAACUACUGAGCAGUUUGUAACUGUUACCCCUCAAUAUCCAUCAAUUACACCUCAGAAUCCAACCGGUGUGACUAUUACAAAGUCCUCUAAGGAAACGAUGGAACAAAAUUCUGAAUCCACUCUACUGCCUGAAAGUACUAAAACGUUCAGCACCACCGGGAUGCCUGAUUUGAACGAAAGUAGUACGACAAAAGAAACAACGGUAAACUCUUUCGAAAACGAAGGACGAAACCGAGAAACUGGCGAGAAGGAAUGUUAUACAGAAAGAUCGUACACAAAAACUACACACACACUGCAAUUGCCAGAAUCUAAGUUUUCCGAAACUACCAUUAGCGCAAAAACUACCGAUGCGACCGAGACAGCAACGUCAUCAAUUUCGGAAAUUCCAAAAACCACUUACUUUACUAGAGUUACAGACACUACAACCAUUACGACAGCGACUCGAAUAAAUACUUCGGGACAUACGACGUUUUCCAACGAAAUAACAGCAAACACCCAAAUUACCGACAAAAUUUUAGCUACUGACAGAGAAACUACGACGUCUGUAGGAAACACCGAAUCAAUAAUUACAAAACUGGAUGAAGUAGCAAAUACUCAAACCGAAACAUCACAAACCGCGAAAGUUUUCGGCAAUGUGAUAACCUCGCAAACUGCAUCUCAAAUUGAUCAAGGAUCAGCCAUAACUACAACUUUAAGUGUAGAAUCUCGAGACGGUACUGAUACACCCACUAUACUGUCUGAUACUGAAAUAUUGCAAUCAUUAAGUACUAGUAGUAUGGCUUCUACUACGGAACCUGAUAAUUUAAUUACACAGGAAAUAACACUGAGUACAGUAGAAACCAACAUUACUGUCACUGUGCCACAAACAGAAAAAUCUACCACGUUAGAUUAUGGAGAAACUGGAUUUACUGAAUCGCCUUUCGUAAAGGAAUCGGCGUACACAACAACACCAGUAGAAACGCUUUCAUCGUCUUUAAUAACAGAAACACUUCCCCUUGCGACGGAAGUCGAAGACCGGCAUCGAUUUACAGAAACAGAAACGAUAUUUGACUUACCAACUACAUCAAGUGUAAAAGAUAAAAUAACCACUUCGAGUACGGAUUUUGUUCAAGAAAUAACUAAUCCAGUGCAAUCUACUACUUCAAAAUCUUUAACUGGAAUAACGGCUCGAUCUGAAAAAUUUACAUAUUCCACAUCUGAAACAAAAUUUACAGAAUCUGAUACCCCGCUUGAAACAACUACAGACCAAAUAGCAAAUCAUAUAAAUAUUUUAAAAGUUGAAGUAUCCACAAAGCCUUCCGAAAACAAAUUAACCUCUUUAUAUGCCUCACAAACUGAUUUUACAACUGAUGGAGAAACACUGGCCAUAGAACCUUUAUUUUCGAGUAGUACUAUGAUUCCGCAAAAAACAACUAUCCAGGUUAUCACUAAUCAGGCUGAAUCAGCUACUGCAGGUAUGCCUGCAAAAGAAAGAAUACCUACUACUACUCAAGGAAUCAGUAAAACCACAGCUCAAUAUGGGACUGAGACCAGUGUUUUGCAAGUUACUGCCGAAACAUUAACUAGUCAAAUAAGUAACGUUACUGCGACAGCAUAUUUGCCCGAAGUAGGAGAACCAUCUACCAUAAGAACUGAAUAUGGUAAAACGUCAGGCUUUCCAAACAAUAAUUCGCCAAUCUACACAAAAUAUACAACACCAAAUCAACAAGAUAAAUUAUCGACACACUCACAUUUCAAGGAUAUUUCAACAACUUUAUCCACAUUCUAUACAAACGAAAUGAACAAAAACACGAAUGGCGUACCACAAACAACACCACCAACACCAAUAUCGCGUCUAUUUCCAUAUACAACUACCACCGAGAGACAUACUACACAAAAUGAACUAAAAAAAACUACGUUCGAAGCAAACACAAUGAUUGUAUCUACCGUAGAAGGAUUAAUUCCGUCUGUUACCGAAAGUCUAGAAAAUAACGAAAUAUUUACGCAACACCGCAAUGAACCAGUAACCAGUACCCAAAAGGAUGAAAUUUCCACAGUUUAUGAUAUUCGAAGCAAUACAGAAACGACGGUAGCUCGUAGUACCGGAUUAGAUGAGGUGGGUACUGUUCAACCAGUCUCUUCCAUUCUGACAACUGAAGCAAGGGUGGAAGUUACAAACUUGAACAUUUCAACAGAAAGUUCUGUUACUGAAUCAACCAUUUUUAUCAAAGGGACUGUUUCCUCAAUAGAAGAAAAUGGAACCCCUGGCCCUGCUUUGAGUACUUUUACAGUUUCCAAACAAGCAUCUACUUCUGCGCAAACAGAAACGAAAAUAGUGACUUCAACCUAUGGGCUACCGAGUUCCACUGCCAUGAAUUUAGUUACAACUACCCCAACAAAUACCAACCAAGGUACUGCACGAUUAACAACCAGAGGAAUUCAAGAUACUGACAGUAUUACAAUGUCUACCGAAAAAGUUGAAACCACCACUAUAAUGGAAGAGAAAGUAAAUGAAAUGACUACUGAAAUAAGGGAAACUUCACAGACCACGGAAACACUUGAGCAACCUACAUUGAAUCCUCAAGAAGGCUCCAUAUUUAGCAAAACAUCUGAGGUAACUUACGAACCAGGUGAAUCAACAGAAAUUAAUGCAGUCUCAUCGUCGCAAUUCCCCAAUGAAAACACUAAAAUUAUUUCUGAAAUAACUUAUGCUGUACAAGACUCAACGGUAACACUAACAGUAACACAAUCUCCUACCAGUUUAGAAAAGAGUACUUUACCACCACAUAUAGACACAAUGCCACGAAAAGACGAAAUUGAACCAACAAUAACGACUGAAACUUAUACCACAGAAAAGAAGCUAACUAAAUCAACUCGCUUACCAGAAGAACCAACAAGUUGGGUUAAUUCUGAAACAACUGAAAAUGCUUAUGUUUCUGGAUUAACAACAGAAGUUUUAGUAAAAUCACCAUUACCUACUACUUUUACUACGGGCAUUGGCCCGAUAACUGAACCGCAGAGAGAAAGUACGUCUUAUACUACCGAAUCAGCUAGUACAACGACUAUUGAACAGGAAUACACAGUCAUACAAACUACCCACACAAAUUUUGUUCCCAAGGAAUCUACGAAAAGUAAUGUUAUAAAGUCAGAGCCAGUAACGGAAGAUGUUUUUACUAAUACCGCCAUGGAAACUUCGACUGAAACCGUUAUAACGACUAACACUGCUCAAAACGAAGCCUCAUCAAGGAAUACUGAAACAAAUUUCACAGAAAUAAAUUUAGAAACGACAUCGCGGUCCCAAACAGAAUCUAUCACCAGCAUUAUGAGCGAUGUCACGAAUAGUACCGAAGUUGUAGCGGCAAAUGUCACUCCUGAAAGGUCCAAAACAACAUCACUGUUACCAAUGGGUUCGACUUUUAGCAACAGUAUAGAGAAAAGUAACACAGAUACCUCAAAAACAAAAACGACUUCUCAAGAAGAGUUUUCGACUACAUCACAAAUACCAAUUAAACAUAAUGUUAGCAUCAUAGAACUAGGUACUUCACCUACAAGCACAGCAGAGCAAAAGUACGAAAGUAGUUCACCAGAAGAGCGAACAACCCAAUUUAGUUCUGAAACAACUGAAACAAUAGAAGCUGAUUUCGUUACAUCAGGAUUACCAAGUACAUUUGCAAAUACUAUAAAGGAAUGGAUCACUGAGUCCCGAGAGGAAACAACGUUGCAUGUAACUGAAUCGAUCGGUACAACUUCUAUCGAAAAGAAAUACACAGAUAGAUAUACAACGACCAAUUUUGUACCACAGCAAUCAACCGAAAUUAAUUUGAUUACGUCAGAAGCUUCGACAGAAACCAUUAGUUCGACCAAUACUCCUCAAAGGGAAACGACUUCAACUAUUGCUGAAUCAUACGGCACAACUAAUAUUGCGCAAAAAUUCACCGAAAUACAUUUAGAAACGACAUCGGUGUCCUCAACGGAAUCUACUAGCGGUGUAGUGGGCGAUGCAACCAAAACAUUCAUAUCGACUACUCCGGAAACAGGCAUUUCGGUAUUUGUGACCGAAAUAGGAUCUUUUACUUUUACUAACAGCGUAGAAAAAGACACCACUAACACACAAACCGAGUUGAAUUCUGCGGAAGUUGAAUAUGUUUCGACAGGAUCUCCUUUCAAAAAUACUUCCAAAGGUACUGUAACUGAACGAACAAGUCCAACUGAAAAAACGAAAUUUGAUGGGUUAACGACAACUGACAGCCCGCAAAGAGACACUUCCUCUUAUAUCCCUGAAAUGACUGGAACAACGUCGCCUUUGUUUAGUAGCAAUGUAGAGGGAGCUACCACGGAAACACAAACAAUAUCAACAUUACAAGGAGUGGAAGCUAUUUCAACACCGUUUUCUUCUAUGGACCACGCUACAAAAGUUGGUAUGACAGCGCGAACAGAUUCAACUAAAAAAACAACAUUUGAGCGCACAACAGGCAGUAUAGCAGACGGUGUGACAGAAAUGAUUUUAUCGACUAACGAGAGUCCCCAAAAAGACACUUCCUCAUUUAGUACUGAAACUGACAAAGCAACAUCCGCUUUUAGUAGCACGGUAGAGGAAGCUACCACAGAAACACAAACAAUGUCAACUUUACAAGAAGUGGAAGCUGUCUCAACACCGCUUUCUUCUAUGGACCACGCUACAAGAUUUGGUAUGACAGAGCGAACAGGUUCAACUGAAAAAACUACACGUGAGAGCACAACAGGCAGCAUAGCAGACGGUGUGACAGAAAUGAUUUUAUCGACUAACGAGACUCCCCAAAAAGACACUUCCUCAUUUAGUACUGAAACUGACAAAGCAACAUCCGCUUUUAGUAGCACGGUAGAGGAAGCUACCACAGAAACACAAACAAUGUCAACUUUACAAGAAGUGGAAGCUAUCUCAACACCGUUUUCUUCUAUGGACCACGCUACAAGAUUUGGUAUGACAGAGCGAGCAGGUUCAACUGAAAAAACUACACGUGAGAGCACAACAGGCAGCAUAACAGACGGUGCGACGGAAAGGAUUUUAUCGACUAAUAAGAGUCCGCAAAAAGAAACUAAGUCAUUUGUCACUACCACAGAAAUACAAACAAAGUCAACUUCCGAAGAAGUUGCAGGUGUUUCGAUGAUACCAUCGACUAUUAGUUCAGAAGAUGAAGUAACAUUUGUUGAAACGACAUUGUCUUCAAUCAGUAAUGCUACAAAAGAUACUGCAACAGAUUCGACUGAGCAAACUGAAAUUGAUGGCACAAUGUCAACCGAAUCUACUAAACUUGUCUGGGUUACAGAUAACCCUUCAAUUGGCGUGAAAAUAACAGAAACCACCGUUCCUUUUGACAUAAGCUAUGCAACUCCAACAACCCAAUCCCCGGCUACCUCUACCUUAGCGAAUAAUACGGAGGAAGCUAUUACCAAAACUCAAACGUCAAUAGUUCAACCAGUCGAAACUGUUUCGACCACUGCUAGCCCCAGUACUACCAGUACAAUGGAAGCUAUAACUGAGUUAAAUGUACCGACAGUAACGAGUCAACGAACCUUAGAGACGACAUUGACAUCUGAACCGAGGGAACUAAGUGGAACAGAAGGUGUUAUUGAAUUGACGACAGAAAACGACAUGACAACACAUACAUAUGACACGAACCACAUAAUAACUGUAAAAAAUUACACAGACCAACUAGUUAACCGUACAUUCCGGUGCAACUUUGACAACAAUUGCGAGGACACGGAGGUUUGCAUAUUUAAAAAAUGCUUAAAUGUAUGCGCUAUUGGAGGGUUAUGUGCGCCAAACGCCGAGUGCGAAGCCCAGAAUCACGCAGCGGUUUGCACAUGCCCGCCAUAUCAUUACGGAGAUCCGCACAGGACGUGUUUUCCAGAACCUCCUAGCGAGAGAGCACCUAAACCUUGCGUUUCCGAUAUGGACUGUCUCGAAAGCGAGGCUUGUUACAUGUCCCUUUGUCAAGACCCGUGCGAGUUCACGAACGCCUGUGCAAAAUCGGCACGGUGCCAAGCAAAAAUGCACAGGCCGAUUUGUACUUGCCCGACGGGAUUCGAAGGGAACCCUGCAAUUAAUUGCUUCAAAUCGCCAACAACCAGUUGCACCGCGAACGAUGAUUGUCCUGUUACGGAAGCAUGUAUAGAUAGAGCAUGUCAAAGACCCUGUGAUGUACACAAUCCCUGCGCACAUAACGCCGUGUGCAUUAACACUAACCACGGAUGCGACUGUAGCUGCGAAGAGGGAUAUCAAGGAAAUGGUUUUGUGGGCUGCCUGCCAGUAUUCGAUUACAAACCCGUGUGCCAAUACAACGAAGACUGUCCUCCCAAUAAGCUCUGCGAUCGUUUGAAUCGUUUGUGUAUCAAUCCUUGCUUCGAGGAUUCCUGCGGAGACAACGCCGAAUGUGUACCUAAGAAUCACGGCGUCGACUGCCAAUGUCUACCGGGUUUUGAAGGAAAUGCUUACGUCGAAUGUACUCAGGUUUACGGCUGCAAAUCAAACAGCGAUUGUCCCGCGAAUGAAGCCUGCAUUAAUGCAUAUUGCACAUCGCCCUGCAAUUGCGGUAUUAACUCCAUUUGCGAUGUCCACGAUCACCAGGCAAUUUGCAAGUGUCCACCUGGAUACGAAGGCAACGCAGCAGUGUCCUGUCACCCGCCCUCUGAUCCUUGCGACCCUAACCCCUGUGGCACGAACGCCCUGUGCGAACUAGACAACGGAAAUCCGAUAUGCUUCUGUCCGAAGGGUUUGACCGGAAAUCCAUUCAAAAAUUGCAUUCCAGAAGGGGAUGAAUGCUCGCCAAAUCCGUGCGGUCCCAAUUCCGGAUGCCGAGUUGUGGGGGGCAAUGCCGUCUGCUUCUGUUUACCGGAAUAUGAAGGAACGCCGCCACAUAUUCCGUGUAGUCUACCGUUAAAUCCGUGCGAUCCUUCGCCGUGCGGACCUAACACUCAAUGUACAAUCUUGGAAAAUGGAUUUGCUAAAUGCACGUGCCUACCUGGUUUCCUCGAAAGUCCAAAUACCAUUAGAGGUUGUGUCGAACCUAAAAACCCAUGCGAACCGAAUCCAUGCGGUCACGGUGCCAUAUGCGAUCCAACGAGAGAACCUAUAUGUAGCUGCCCAUUCGGAACAAACGGAAAUCCCUUCCGAAGCUGCGUUGAACCUCAAGUAACGACUUUGUGUAGUCCAGGACCCUGCGGACCCAACGCUGACUGUUAUGUAGCGAACAAUCAAGAACAAUGUUAUUGCCGGUCAGGAUUCAAGGGAAAUCCAUACACGGGUUGCCUAAUUGAACCGGCAAGUCCGUGCGUGCCAAAUCCAUGUGGCCCGGGAGCUCAGUGUAUUGUUACCGAAGAUGGAAAUUCACUUUGUCGAUGUCCAGAUGGAAUGGGAGGUGAUCCAACUGGCGCUCUAGGUUGUUACGGCUACGAAUGUGUGGUCGAUGAUAACUGCGGUGACCAUCAAGCUUGCAUUUCCUACAGAUGCAGAGAUCCUUGUUUGGGUUGUUGCGGCAUAAAUUCUGAGUGCAAAGUGGAAAAACAUCACCCAGUAUGUAGUUGCCCGGCCGGAUUGACAGGAAAUCCAGUUUCAAUAUGUUAUUCCAUACCAAAACCAAUGCCGAAAGAAGAUCCUUGUAUGCCAAACCCUUGCGGACUAAAUACCUUCUGUCAGAUCUCUGCCAAUCGUGCUGUAUGUUCGUGUCUUCCCGACUUUCAAGGCGACCCUCAAUUCGGUUGCCGACCAGAAUGUAUUCUGAAUUCUGAUUGUCCGUUAAAUAAAGCAUGCUUGGACCAACGUUGUAGAGAUCCGUGCGCACAGAAGAACUUGUGUGGCAUUAAUGCCGUCUGCCAAGUGCGAGACCAUACAGCAACCUGCACAUGUUUCAAUAAUUACAUGGGCGACCCAUUCUUGCAAUGUAUUCCAGUUCCGGUAGUGACAAUUCCAACCUAUCCCAACAUCACGACACAGCCUUGCACGCCUUCGCCCUGUGGGAAUAUGGAAUGCAGUAUCUACGGACCACAAGUGGCUAUAUGCGAUCCCUGUCUAGGGCCUGAAGCUGCAUAUAAUCCUCAAUGCCGACCGGAAUGUAUUACCAAUGCAGACUGUCCUUUCGAUAAGGCUUGUCUACAGUUUAAUUGUUUCGAUCCGUGUCCGGGUUCUUGCGGAGUAAACGCAUUGUGCUCUGUGGUUCAACACGCGCCCAUCUGUAGCUGCCCGGUAGGUCUGGCGGGAGAUCCUUUCCAACACUGCGCCGUUGCUCAAAUACCGGAAACUCCAGUAACCUGCGAUUAUGUCCAGUGCGGAGUUAACGCAGAUUGUAUCAGGCAACGAAAUGGACUAGCCUGCGUGUGCAAACCUGGAUACUACGGGGACCCUUGGCUAGCUUGCCGGCCUGAGUGUGUUAUCAAUCCCGACUGUUCGUUAGAUAAAGCAUGCAUUAACGCCAAAUGCGAGAACCCAUGUGCUGGCGUUUGCGGUGUUGGCGCCCAAUGCAACGUUGUCAACCACGUGCCAGUGUGUUCUUGCCUUCAACAUCAUACGGGCGAUCCGUUCGUUUCUUGUUACGAGACUAAAAUCCCCAUAAUCCCUCAAACUAUUCCGAAUCAAAAUCCUUGUGAUCCGUCACCAUGCGGACCCUUCAGUAGAUGCUUAGUGUCCCAUCAAGGCUAUGCUACUUGUUCAUGUCUGCCUAACUACCGCGGUGCUCCUCCGGCUUGCAAACCCGAAUGUAUAGUUACUUCUGAAUGUCCUCAAACUAAAUCUUGUAUCAAUCAAAAUUGCGUCGAUCCCUGUCCAGGCACUUGUGGAGUAAAUGCGCUCUGCACUGUCAUCAAUCAUAAUCCCAUAUGCACUUGUCCACCUGGUCAAGAUGGAGAUCCGUUUGUUAGUUGUUAUUCUCCGGUCAUUGAGGAACCCAAAACUCCCACGAACCCAUGCAGUCCCUCACCCUGUGGUCCGAACUCUAUUUGUCAAGUCAAAGAAGGUCGUCCCGUUUGCUCUUGCGUGGAAAACUACAUUGGCAGCCCGCCGUAUUGUAGACCCGAAUGUGUCAUCAACCAAGAAUGUCCGCAAGAUAGGGCUUGCGUUAAAGAAAAGUGUAUCAACCCUUGUAGGGGAGCAUGUGGACCUAAAGCAAAAUGCAACGUCGUAAAUCACACGCCUUUUUGCACCUGUUUACCUGGAUUUGAAGGAGACGCGUUCAUCGGUUGCACUAAAGUAGUAGUCAUCGAAAGACCAAAAGAUCCGUGCAAUCCGUCUCCCUGUGGAAGAAAUGCUCAGUGUACUGUAAGCGGGGGAGCGGCUAAAUGCUCCUGCAUUCCUCCUUACAUCGGUAAUCCCUAUUCCGGAGGAUGUAGACCUGAAUGCACUAUGAACUCAGAAUGCCCGAGUCACUUGGCUUGUUUGUCUCUUCACUGUAGAGACCCUUGCCAGGGUCUUUGUGGAAUCAAUGCAGAGUGUAGUGUCGUCAACCACGUGCCAGUAUGUGCUUGUGCGAGAGGAUUAAUCGGGGAUCCCUUCACUUCUUGCCGUGAACGUCCUCAAGAGCCUCCUGCCAAUCCAUGCGAACCUUCGCCGUGUGGACCGAACAGUGUGUGUCAAUUACGAAACGAUCAAGCGAUUUGCACUUGCCAAACAGGGUACUUUGGCGCUCCUCCAGCUUGUAGACCUGAAUGUCUGGUUAGCUCUGAGUGCAGUUUAGACAGAGCCUGCAUCCAGCAAAGGUGUCAAGACCCUUGUCCAGGAACUUGUGGGAUUAACGCGAGGUGUCACGUAAACAAUCACAAUCCAAUAUGCAGCUGCCCACCUAAAUUAAUCGGAGAUCCUUUCGUCCAAUGUAUUAAAGAGGAACACCCUGAGGAGAAGACUCCGUUAACACCUUGCAUACCAUCACCUUGUGGCGCGAACGCGGAUUGCCAAGCUGUCGGCAACAGGGCAGUAUGUUCAUGUUUGCCCGGAAUGCUAGGAGCUCCGCCCAACUGUAGACCAGAAUGCGUUAUCGACCAAGACUGUCCACUUCAUCUCGCCUGCACCAACAACAAAUGCAAGGACCCCUGCGCGGGAUCGUGUAGCUUCAACGCCGAAUGUAAGGUUGUCAGUCAUCGUCCGAUCUGCAGUUGCCUUGCUGGUUUCGAGGGCGAUCCGUUUACCGGCUGCAACCCCUUGCCAGUCGUAGAAAUUCCUCGCAAUCCUUGUAGUCCAAGUCCGUGCGGUUCAAACGCGGUGUGUAAAGAGAGAAAUGGAGCCGCGUCUUGUACAUGUCGAGAUGAAUACCACGGUGACCCCUAUACGAGUUGCAGACCCGAAUGUUUGACUAGUAACGAAUGCCCGCACAAUAUGGCUUGUUUAAAUAUGAAAUGUAAAGACCCUUGUCCUGGCACUUGCGGAGUUAACGCCGAAUGUUCCGUUAUUAAUCAUAUACCUCAAUGUUAUUGUGUAGACGGUUAUUCCGGAGACCCGUUCCGAUUUUGUCGGAAACUAGAACCUAUCAUUAUUGAAGAACCUAAGAGAAAUCCUUGUGUACCGUCCCCAUGUGGGCCUUAUAGCACGUGCCGAGUUACUAAUAACAGACCUGUUUGUUCUUGCGCCCAAGGAUAUUACGGCGCACCGCCCACUUGCAAACCAGAAUGUGUCGUGAAUUCGGAAUGCAGUUUAGAUAAAUCUUGUGUAAAUCAGAAAUGUACAGAUCCCUGUCCAGGAACUUGCGGCUUAAACGCGUUGUGUAAAACGGUUGUUCAUAGCCCAAUUUGCAGUUGUCCUCCGAACUAUGUGGGCGAUCCAUUCACUAGAUGUAUACCUGAAGAAAAACAAAUUGUGGUAGUCGAAAAGCAAAACCCUUGCAUACCCAGCCCUUGCGGCGUAUUUGGUGAAUGCACUAUACAAAAUGACCGAGCGGUUUGCUCUUGCCUCAAAGAUUAUUUCGGUAGUCCGCCGAAUUGUAAACCGGAAUGUAUUGUAAAUUCAGAAUGCCCGUCGAAUUUGGCUUGCGUCAACCAACGUUGCAAAGAUCCUUGCAAGGGAUCAUGCGGUUUGAAUACCGAAUGCAAAACAGUGAAUCACGUUCCCAUUUGUUAUUGUUUCGAAGGAUACACGGGUGACCCCUUUCUUGGAUGCCAAGAAUUUGUUCCGAUCGAAGAACCGCCUCACCCAUGCAAUCCAUCCCCUUGCGGAGCCAAUGCCGAAUGUAGGGAACUUAACGGGGCAGGGUCGUGUAAGUGUAUUUUAGAUCACGUCGGGGAUCCAUACACGGGAUGCCGCCCUGAAUGCGUGAUGAAUUCAGAUUGCCCUAGAGAUAGGUCUUGCAUUAACAGUAAAUGUCAAAAUCCUUGUUUGGGCACUUGCGGCAUAAACGCCGAAUGUCAAGUCUACAACCACGUACCCACCUGCGAAUGUCUCCCUGGAUAUAUCGGGGAUCCGCUCAAGUCGUGUCAUAUAAAACCAAUUGUGCCAACUGUAAUAGAGUCCUAUGAUCCUUGCAUGCCAUCUCCGUGUGGUUUAUACGCACAGUGCAGAGAAAUAAAUGGUCACGCGGUAUGCUCUUGCCAAGUAAAUUAUGUUGGCACUCCACCAAACUGCAGACCCGAAUGCGUUGUUAGUUCUGAGUGCGAACACGAUAAGUCUUGCAUUAACCAAAAAUGUAGAGAUCCUUGUCCAGGCACGUGCGGGAUCAACGCGCGCUGCAAUACCCUAAAUCACAACCCUAUAUGCAGUUGUCCACCAGGACUUACGGGAGAUCCUUUCAUUCGCUGCACCGAAGAAGAGAAACGACCUGAACCCACUCGCAACUCUUGCGUUCCGUCUCCGUGCGGUCCCAAUUCCGAAUGUCGAUUAAUCGGAGACCAAGUUGCUUGUUCGUGUCUACCGAAUUAUAUUGGCCGUGCUCCUAAUUGUAGACCAGAAUGUAAACUCAAUCAGGAAUGUCCCGGUCAUCUGGCUUGUAUUAAUGAGAAAUGCAAAGAUCCCUGUCCGGGCUCGUGUGGAACUAACGCAGGUUGCGUCGUGAGAAAUCAUUCCCCAAAUUGCCAUUGCGAUGAAGGUUAUACCGGUGAUCCUUUCAACGGAUGCACGAUUAUCGCUAUCAGACAACCCGUGGAAGAGGAACCGCAACCUUGCAAUCCUUCCCCCUGUGGUGCUAACGCAAUUUGCAAAGAACGAAACGGUGCCGGUUCUUGUACAUGUGUAGCGGAAUAUUUUGGCGACCCGUAUACAGGUUGUCGACCUGAAUGCAUAACAAAUUCUGAUUGCCCGAGAAACAAAGCCUGCGUAAAUAACAACUGUCGAGACCCUUGCCCUGGAACUUGCGGCGUAAAUGCCGAAUGUCAGAUAUCAAACCAUAUACCGAUGUGUUUCUGUUUUGAUGGUUACACGGGAAACCCGCAGAGUUCCUGUCAUUUGCUGGUUCAAGUAAUUGAGGAAGAAAACGUGGAUCCAUGCCAACCUUCACCUUGCGGACCGUACAGUCAGUGUCGAGAUGUAAACGGCCACGCCGUGUGCUCUUGUCAAUCCAAUUAUAUUGGUUCGCCACCCACUUGUAGACCUGAGUGUAUGAUAAGUGCCGAAUGUCCAUUAAAUCGGGCCUGUAUUAAUAAUCGAUGUCAAGACCCUUGCCCAGGGACCUGCGGUAUCAAUGCUCGGUGCAACGUUGUAAAUCACAACCCGAUAUGUAGUUGCACGCCCGGUUAUACCGGGGAGCCCUUUACAAGAUGUCUACCUGAGGAGAGUAAGUCUUCCUCUCACAAGAAUUCAUUUUUUAAUAAAUCGCUAAUUUCGUUAGAGGAAAUACUCCCGCCGACCGAUCCAUGUAUACCAUCUCCAUGCGGUCCCAAUUCCGAGUGUAGGGUGGUCGGUUCCACUCCGGCGUGUUCCUGCGUGCAGAAUUAUAUCGGUCGACCACCAAAUUGUAGACCCGAAUGUAAAAUUAACGAAGAAUGCUCAGGCAAUUUGGCCUGCCAAAGAGAGAGAUGCGUAGAUCCCUGUCCGGGAUCGUGUGGAAUCAACGCGGAAUGCACAGUUAUCAGUCAUCGACCCGCUUGUUCUUGUUAUAAUGGCUAUACCGGAGAUCCGUUUUCUGGCUGUAUUAUUAUUCCAAUUGCGCCACCACCGGAAGAAAAACGAACGCCCUGCAAGCCAUCGCCAUGCGGUGCUAACGCUGAAUGUAAAGAAAGAAAUGGCGCAGGAUCUUGCGCGUGCCUUCCCGAAUAUUUCGGUGAUCCAUACACCGGCUGUAGACCCGAAUGUGUAACAAACUCCGACUGUGCCAAAGACCGAUCAUGCAUUAAUAACAAAUGUGCCGAUCCAUGUCCGGGAACAUGCGGCAUAAACGCGGAAUGCGUAGUUACCAACCACGCGCCGUCCUGCACGUGCUUAUCGGGAUACAGUGGCAAUCCAUUUACAUCUUGCCGCCCGAGUCGUAUUGUGGAAGAACCUAAAACUGAUCCUUGCAUGCCUUCGCCAUGUGGACCUUAUAGCGCAUGUAAAAACAUAAACGAUCGCGCAGUAUGUUCUUGUCUACCGACUUACAUAGGUGUUCCACCUGCGUGCAGACCCGAAUGCGUGGUUAGCUCAGAGUGCACGCAAAACAAAGCAUGUAUAAACUCGAAAUGCGUCGAUCCGUGUCCGGGAACUUGCGGAAUUAAAAGCAAAUGUCAAGUAGUAAAUCACAAUCCUAUAUGUAGCUGCAUAGAAAACUAUGUGGGGGAUCCUUUUGUAAGAUGCGUUGAACGACCAAAACCGGUUGAAGAGCCAAGCGGAAACCCUUGCUCUCCAUCACCCUGCGGACCAAACUCGCAGUGUAAAGUUAUCAAUGCGCAAGCGGCGUGCUCUUGUUUGCCUAACUUUAUAGGACGAUCUCCAAACUGUAGACCGGAAUGUACAAUUAACGCAGAAUGUCCUGGAAAUCUAGCAUGUCAAAAUGAAAAAUGUAAAGAUCCUUGUCCGGGGUCCUGUGGCUCUUUCACCGAAUGCGUAGUAAUCAAACACAGGCCCGUUUGUCAAUGCUACGAGGGUUAUACCGGAGAUCCGUUCAAUGGGUGCAUCGCGAUACCGCUCUCUCCUGUUACUGAGGAACCUCCAACUCCUUGUAAUCCUUCGCCAUGUGGCGCUAAUGCGGUAUGCAAAGAAAGAAACGGGGCAGGAUCUUGCGCAUGCCUGCCGGAAUACUUGGGAGAUCCUUACGCAGGAUGCAGACCCGAGUGUGUCACGAACUCGGAUUGUGACAGAAGUAGAGCAUGUGUAAAUAAUAAAUGUAUCGAUCCUUGUCCCGGCUCUUGUGGACUAAAUUCCGAAUGUACAGUAGUAAACCACGCACCUUCUUGUAUGUGCAUACCAGGUUAUACUGGGGAACCAACUAGACUGUGCAACCUUAUACAAGCCAUUGUAGAAGAACCUCAAAAUCCUUGCCAGCCUUCGCCUUGUGGGCCCUAUAGUGAAUGUCGAGAAGUUAACGGCCACGCGGUAUGCUCCUGUAGCGUUGGAUAUAUAGGAUCACCUCCCACAUGUAGACCGGAAUGCGUAGUUAGUUCCGAUUGUGUACAAGAUAAAGCAUGUAAAUCACAAAAAUGUGUGGACCCUUGUCCAGGAACGUGCGGCAUCAAUGCCGAAUGUAGAGUUGUCAAUCACAAUCCCAUAUGUAGCUGUUUGCCGGGGUAUACGGGAGAACCGUUUUCGCGUUGUUCUAAAGCUGAAUUACCCACUACUACAGAAUCUAGUAAUCCUUGUAUACCUUCACCUUGUGGACCAAAUUCACAAUGUAGAGUGAUUGGUUCGCAACCUGCAUGCUCUUGUCUACAAAACUUUAUUGGUCGCCCUCCAAAUUGCCGACCAGAAUGUUUAAACGACUCUGAAUGCCCCAAUCAUCUGGCUUGCAAAAGUGAAAAAUGUAGAGAUCCUUGUUCCAACGUUUGCGGACUAAAUGCUCAAUGUACCGUAGUAAAUCAUAAAGCGAUGUGUUCUUGUUUUCCGGGCUAUGUCGGAGAACCUACUCAAUCAUGUUCUUUGCCUAUAAUCUCUACUGAAAAAACCCCAUCGUCUCCUUGCUUCCCGUCGCCAUGUGGACCGAACGCUGAGUGUCGCGAAAAGAAUGGAGCAGGUGCUUGCUUCUGUCCUCCGGAUUAUCAGGGCAAUCCAUACGACAGCGAACGCGGAUGUCACAGAGAAUGCGAAGCGAAUUCGGAUUGCAAACCUAAUUUAGCUUGCGUCACUUUCAGAUGUAAAGAUCCUUGUCCCGGUACUUGCGGGGUAUUAGCCGAAUGUACCGUACAUAAUCACGUGCCAACCUGCACUUGUCCUUCUGGUUUUACCGGCGACCCAUUCUUACUAUGUAAAGAAAUAGUAGCUCCGCCGAAAGUGGUCAACCCGUGUCAGCCAUCGCCAUGCGGACCAAAUAGUCAAUGUAGAAACGUCAAUCAGCAAGCAGUGUGCUCGUGUUUGGCUGAUUAUGUCGGAUCUCCUCCAGGUUGUAGACCGGAAUGCGUAGUUAACUCCGAGUGUUCUCUAGACAGAGCGUGCAUUAACCAAAAAUGUAACGAUCCAUGCCCCAACACCUGCGGCUUAGGAGCACAGUGUACAACCAAAAACCACAAUCCUAUAUGCGCGUGUCCUCCAGGACAUACAGGCGAUCCAUUUACAAGAUGUACCCCCCAUGAAGUCUUGGAACCUCCGACUACCGAGUCUCCGCGGCCCUCUUGUUAUCCUUCCCCUUGCGGUCCCAAUUCACAAUGCAAAAUAAUGGGAAGCUCGCCAACAUGUUCCUGUUUACCGAAUUACAUAGGAGCCCCACCCAAUUGUCGGCCGGAAUGCGUACUUAGCUCCGAAUGUGGUAGUUCCCUCGCUUGUAUCAAUCUCAAAUGCAAAGAUCCAUGUGCCGGUUCGUGUGGUUCGGAUGCAGUUUGCAGUGUAAUCAAUCACAUUCCCAUUUGUUCUUGCGCGGAGGGAUACACAGGAGAUCCUUUCACCUACUGCUCUAUUGUACCAGCGACCACCGCACCCACCGUCCAUGAUCCAUGCAAUCCUUCGCCUUGCGGCGCCAAUGCUCAGUGCAAUGAUGGAAUAUGCACCUGUUUACCAGAAUAUCUCGGGAACCCUUACGACUCAUGUCGACCUGAAUGUAUCCUAAGCGAUGAAUGUUCUCGAGACAAAGCUUGUAUUAGAAAUAAAUGCGUAGAUCCGUGCCCGGGAACAUGCGGUCAGAAUGCGAGAUGCGAUGUUAUCAACCAUAUACCAACUUGUUCCUGCUCGGAUGGUUAUACCGGUGAUCCGUUCGCUCUAUGUCGGAUCCAAGACCAACCCAAAGCUGUGGAAAGACUCGACCCCUGUUAUCCGCCACCGUGCGGACCAAAUAGUCAAUGCAAGAACGUUAACGAACAAGCAGUUUGCUCUUGCCUGCAAAAUUUCCAAGGUACGCCUCCGAACUGUAGACCAGAAUGUGUUGUCAGCAUGGAAUGCCAGCCAAACAAAGCCUGCAUUAAUCAGAAAUGCAUAGAUCCGUGCCCGGGCUCUUGCGGAAUCGGAGCUCGGUGCGAAGUACGCAACCAUAGUCCUAUAUGUAGCUGUGCUGAACGGCAGACAGGCGAUCCCUUCCAAAAUUGUUAUGAUAUUCCAUUUGAACCUCCACAACGUCAACCGACCAACCCUUGCGAACCUUCACCUUGCGGACCUCAUUCGAUUUGCCAAGUAGUGGGAGAAAACCCUUCGUGCGCCUGCUUAGAAGGGUAUAUCGGUCAUUCCCCGAACUGUCGUCCUGAAUGCGUUAUCAAUCCCGACUGUCCCACAACUCAGGCAUGCAUCAAUAACAAGUGUCGAGAUCCAUGUCCUGGCAGCUGCGGCGCGAACGCCGAGUGUCACGUCAUAUCACACGCUGUGUCGUGUUCUUGUUCUUCCGGUUUUACGGGAAACCCAUUCGUACAAUGCAGCUUGCAACCGGCGGAACCGAUUAAUCCAUGCGAACCGUCCCCGUGUGGAGCGAAUGCGAUCUGCAAGCAAAGAAACGGUGCAGGCUCUUGCGUUUGUAUCGAAGAUUACCAAGGGAAUCCAUACGAGGGCUGCCGACCAGAAUGCGUGCUAAGCUCAGACUGUCCGACGAACAAGGCUUGUAUACGAAACAAAUGUGCCGAUCCUUGUCCGGGAACUUGUGGCCAGAACGCCGAAUGUUCUGUUAUCAAUCACAUACCGACCUGUUCAUGUGUGUCCGGAUUCACAGGAGAUGCUUUCCACUAUUGUUCUCCUGCGAUAGCUCCCACAGAACCAACAGUAUUAGAAAACCCAUGCAAUCCAUCACCAUGCGGCCCUAAUAGCCAGUGUCGCAACAUUAACAGCCAAGCUGUAUGCUCCUGCCUUGCGGAGUAUACCGGAUCUCCUCCGAAUUGCAAACCGGAAUGUGUCGUCAGUUCAGAGUGUCCUCAAAAUCGAGCGUGCCAUAAAUUCAAAUGUGCCAAUCCCUGCGUCGGAACGUGCGGCGUCGGGGCGAAAUGUGAAGUUAUCAAUCACAAUCCAAUCUGCAGUUGUUCACCAGGCUUAACAGGCGACCCGUUCACCAGAUGUUACGAAAUUCCACGUCGGCCGCCGACGCCACCCGAACGAACCAAUCUCUGCAUUCCAUCCCCAUGCGGGCCAAAUUCCGAAUGUAGGGAAAUAAACGGAUCGCCGUCCUGCAGCUGUAAAUCAAAUUAUAUCGGAACGCCCCCGAACUGCAGACCUGAGUGUGUGGUUAAUACAGAUUGUCCGUCAGACUUGGCGUGUAUAGCGGAAAAAUGCAAAAACCCUUGUGAAGGUUCCUGUGGGUUUAAUACUGAGUGCAGAGUACAGAACCAUAUACCAAUCUGCAGUUGUCUACCUGGUUAUGAAGGCAACACAUUUGUGGAAUGUAUCAAAGAGCAGCCAAAAUUAGUGGAAAGGCCAAAGGAUCCAUGUAAUCCUUCACCUUGCGGACCUAAUGCCCAGUGUAAUAACGGAAUAUGCUCCUGCAUAUCUCUCUAUUUGGGUGAUCCUUAUAGAGGUUGUAAGCCGGAGUGUACAAUGAAUACCGACUGUUCCCCGAAAAUGGCAUGUAGCAAUUUGAGGUGUAUAGAUCCGUGCCCGGGAACAUGUGGUCGGGAAGCCGUAUGUGAUGUCGUUAAUCAUAUUCCAACUUGCAGCUGCCUAAAUGGUUACGAGGGCGAUCCAUUUACGCAAUGUAGACCCAUCAAAAGAAUUGAACAACAAAACCCAUGCCAGCCGUCACCUUGCGGGCCGAACAGCGUAUGCAAAAUCAACAACGGCGUCGCUGUCUGUUCUUGCCAGCAGGGUAUGAUCGGAGGUCCGCCUCAGUGUCGCCCCGAAUGUGUCGUCAGCGCCGAGUGUCAACUAACUCAGGCAUGCCUCAAUAACAAAUGUAGCGAUCCAUGCCCGGGCACUUGCGGCGUUAGCGCGAAUUGCCAGGUCGUCAAUCACAAUCCCAUUUGCAGCUGCAUAGAAGGAAACACCGGAGACCCCUUCACUAGGUGUUAUCCUGCACCAAAAGAAGUGGUACCUGUGGAUCCUUGCCGACCAAGCCCCUGCGGUCCGAACUCGGUAUGUCAAGUGCGUGGUGAAACGCCUGCGUGUUCGUGCGUCGAGAGUUACGUCGGAACUCCGCCGAACUGUAGGCCCGAGUGUACGAUCAAUAACGAGUGUCCGAAUGCGCACGCGUGUAUUAAUCAAAAGUGUCGCGAUCCGUGUCCGGGUAGUUGCGGCGCGAACGCCCUGUGUAACGUCGUUAAUCACAGUCCGGUGUGCAGCUGCAGUCCCGGUUUCACAGGCGAUCCGUUCCGAGGAUGUCUUCAAACGCCCCAGCAACUGCCGAUACAAGAAAGUUUUGAUCCCUGUCGACCGUCCCCUUGCGGAACGAACGCCGUUUGUCAUGCGAGAAAUGGCGCCGGUUCGUGCCAAUGUUUACCUGAAUACGUCGGCAAUCCGUACGAAGCUUGCAGACCAGAAUGUAUAUACAACUCGGAUUGCGCAUCGAAUAAAGCGUGUAUUACGAAUAAAUGCGCGGAUCCGUGUCCCGGUACUUGUGCGACAGACACGUCGUGUCAAGUCAUAAAUCACUUCCCCUCUUGCACUUGCUUGCCGGGAUAUAUAGGCAACGCGUUUACCAACUGCAUUCCGUACCAAGAAGAACCUCAUAUAAUCGAACCCCGAGAUCCGUGCUCGCCGUCGCCUUGCGGACUUAAUAGUCAAUGUCGAGUCAUUAAUGACCACGCCGUAUGUUCUUGCGUACCCAACUACGUAGGCAACCCUCCAAACUGCCGACCGGAAUGCGCAGUAAGUUCAGAAUGUCCGCUAAGUAAAGCGUGCGUCAACAUGAAAUGCAGAGACCCUUGUCCGGGCGCGUGCGGCACAAAUUCGCAAUGCCACGUCAUCAAUCACAGCCCGAUAUGCAACUGCCGCGUCGAUUUUACGGGAGACCCGUUGAGCAGAUGCGUUCCAAUAACACCUCCCCCUAUAUUCCAAGAAGUUGCGCUUUUUGAUCCUUGCAUGCCCUCACCCUGCGGGCCAAAUUCGCAAUGUCGCGGUAUCGGUACCACGCCCUCCUGUUCCUGUGUGUCGGAAUAUGUCGGAAUUCCGCCCAAUUGCAGACCGGAAUGCACCGUAAAUUCGGACUGUUCAAGCAAUAUGGCUUGUAUGAAUCAAAAAUGUCGAGAUCCGUGUCCAGGAUCAUGCGGUUUAAACGCCGAUUGCGCUGUUUUAUAUCAUAACGCUAUUUGUAGCUGUCCAUCGGGUAUGGUGGGAGAUCCGUUCCUUAAUUGCUAUCCGAAACCCACGGAAAUAAUACCCGUAAUAGAAGAAGAUCCUUGUAAUCCUUCGCCAUGUGGUGCAAACGCCGCUUGCGCGGACGGAAUAUGCACCUGCAAACCCGAAUAUCAAGGCAAUCCGCACACAGGCUGUAGGCCUGAAUGCGUUGUUAGUGAUGACUGUGCUAAAAAUAAAGCUUGUGUGAGAAUGAAGUGCAGGGAUCCUUGUCCAGGGACCUGCGGCACGGGUGCUAUAUGUGUGGUCGAAAAUCAUAUCCCCAUCUGCAGUUGUCCCACUGGCUACGUUGGCAAUGCGUUUGUUCGCUGUAGAUUUCCCGACUCACUGUCUCGACCGAAUUCCUGCCAACCAAGUCCCUGCGGACCCAAUAGUCAAUGUAGAGAAUUCAAUGGCCAAGCAGUAUGUUCUUGCGUUUCUGGAUUCAAGGGAAAUCCCCCGUCAUGUAGGCCAGAGUGUGUCACCAACCCCGAGUGUCUUUUAACGCACGCUUGUAUCAAUCAAAAAUGCAUCGAUCCUUGCCCGGGAACGUGUGGGCUUAAUGCGAAAUGCCAAGUUGUGAACCAUAACCCCAUCUGUAGCUGCCCUGCACAAUUCUUUGGUGAUCCGUUUACCAAAUGUAUACCAAAACCCCAAGAAGAACCAGUGGUUCAAACAAAUCCGUGUGAGCCUUCGCCGUGUGGUCCCAAUUCCCAGUGCAUAUUAAAAAAUAGAAUUCCUUCCUGCUCGUGCUUACAAGAAUUCAUCGGAUCACCCCCUAAUUGUAGGCCUCAAUGCAUUACCAAUAGUGAAUGUGCUUAUAACUUGGCAUGUAUCAAUCGCAAAUGUCAAGAUCCUUGUGUUGACGUGUGCGGACCAAACGCUGAAUGUAGGGUAGUCAGUCAUACUCCAAAUUGUGUAUGUCUAGCCGGUUUCGAGGGUGAUGCAUUUAGCGGCUGCAGUGCUAUUUCACAAAUAGUUGUGGGAAUCGUUAGCCCCUGCAGUCCGUCUCCCUGUGGUGCCAAUGCCAUUUGUAAAGAACAAAGUGGUGCAGGUUCUUGUGCCUGUUUGCCGGAAUACCUUGGAAAUCCCUACGAAGGCUGUCGACCAGAGUGUACCGUAAAUUCCGAUUGUCCAUUCAAUAAAGCAUGCCAGAACAAUAAAUGUAUCCAUCCUUGUGCAGGAGUUUGUGGUCCGAACACCGAAUGUUACGUCUUGAAUCACGCACCUUCUUGCACUUGUAUUGCAGGCUACACUGGAGAUCCUUUCAGAUUUUGCCAUGAAUUACCUAAACCUGUUGUUGAAGACAUAUCAAACCCAUGCCAGUCGAAUCCUUGCGGCCCUAACAGUGAUUGUCGCGUAAACAAUAAACAACCCGUAUGCUCCUGUUUGCCUGAUUUCGUUGGAAGUCCUCCGGCUUGUCGACCAGAAUGUUUAUUAAGCUCCGAAUGCCCAAAAGAUAAAUCGUGCAUUAAUAACAAGUGUAAAGACCCUUGCCAAGGAACGUGCGGUUUAAAUUCGGAAUGCAAAGUUAUAAAUCACAGUCCGAUAUGCAGCUGUAAAGUUGCAUAUACCGGUGAUCCAUUUACACGCUGUUACCGAAUGCCACUGGUCAUUCCUACACCAUUGGAAAUUACCCCUAGCGAUCCGUGCCUACCGUCCCCAUGCGGAUUGAAUUCUGAAUGUCGCGAUACCGGUGGCCAUCCGGCAUGUUCAUGUUUGCCAGGAUUUGUUGGGUCUCCUCCCAACUGUAGACCAGAAUGCCUUAUUAGUUCCGAGUGUCCAAGCGAUUUAGCUUGUAUCAAUCAAAAAUGCAAAGAUCCUUGUUUGGGAUCCUGCGGAACUAACGCUGUGUGUCACAUUAUCAAUCAUAUUCCAAUUUGUAAUUGUUUAGAAGGUUACACAGGCAACCCUUUCAAUUUCUGCGAAAUAAAACAUCUAGAAAUCGAAACGACGGAUCCUUGUAUGCCCACACCAUGCGGUGCCAACGCACUUUGUAGGAACGGAAUUUGUACUUGCCAACCCGAAUAUCAAGGAGAUCCUUAUGUGGAUUGCAGACCGGAAUGUGUUCUUAAUGACGAUUGUACAAGCAAUAAAGCCUGUUCGAAACAUAAGUGCAUAGAUCCAUGUAUAAACACUUGCGGCGUAAAUGCUAUAUGUACAGUGGCGAAUCAUAUCCCAAUGUGCACGUGCAUUCAAGGUUACCAAGGCAACGCCUUUGUCAGGUGUAACAUAAUCAAAGAAGAUAUAUUGGUAGUAAAUCCUUGUAGUCCAAAUCCUUGUGGUGCAAACAGUCGAUGUAGAGAGAUUAACGGACAAGCUGUGUGUUCGUGCGUGUCGGGCUAUAUCGGAAAUCCCCCCUCCUGUAGACCAGAAUGUAUCUCUAGUUCAGAAUGUUCGUUAAACGAAGCCUGCCACAAUCAAAAAUGUAUCGAUCCAUGCCCUGGAACAUGCGGUUUGAAAGCCAAAUGUCAGACGAUAAACCAUAGCCCAAUUUGCAGCUGUUUGCCACGAUACACUGGUGAUCCGUUUACUAUGUGUCACCCUAUACGUGAAGAAGUUCAACCGGUAGUACAAGUGAACCCGUGUCAACCAUCUCCUUGUGGUGUAAACUCCCAAUGUAAAGUGGUAGGCGAAUCCUACUCGUGCUCCUGUCUGCCUGAUUUUCAUGGAACUCCGCCUAACUGCAGACCCGAAUGCGUUAGCAAUUCUGACUGUAGCAAUCAUCUCGCUUGUAUAAACAGAAAAUGUGCAGACCCUUGCACUGGAAUUUGUGGAUUAAAUGCGGAAUGUCGAGUUGUCAGUCACACAGCAAUUUGCAUGUGUUUGUCCGGAUAUGUGGGUGACCCCUUCCUAAACUGCAAUGCUCAGCAACCCACAGUACAAGAAAUUAUCAAUCCGUGUGAGCCUUCACCAUGCGGUGCAAAUGCUAAAUGCAGUCAAAGGCAUGGCGCGGGAUCAUGUUUAUGCCUCCCAGAAUACAUUGGAAAUCCGUACGAAGGUUGUCGACCAGAAUGUACUCUUAAUUCAGACUGCUUAUCAAACAAAGCUUGUAUACAUAAUAAAUGUCAAGAUCCAUGCCCAGGAACAUGCGGUUCGAAUGCGAUCUGUCAUGUAAUAAAUCAUUUACCUUCAUGCGUAUGCGAUUCGGGAUAUACCGGUGAUCCAUUUAGAUACUGUACUCUUGACAUAAAAUCUACCGAUGAAAUUCUAACAAAUCCUUGCCAACCGUCACCUUGUGGGCCAAACAGUCAAUGCCGAGAAGUAAAUAGUCAGGCUGUGUGCUCUUGCCUCAUUAAUUAUAUAGGAAAUCCACCCACAUGCAGACCCGAAUGUACUGUUAGCACAGAAUGUCCUUUGAAUCAGGCAUGUUCUAAUCAAAAGUGUGUUGAUCCGUGUCCAGGCACGUGCGGAUUGAACGCAAUAUGCCACGUUGUUAGACACAGCCCAAUAUGCUCGUGCAAAGAUCAGUUUACAGGAGAUGCUUUCACACGCUGCUAUCAUAUCCCACAACAAGUUUCUCCGAUUAUCGCAACCAAUCCCUGUAUUCCUUCUCCAUGUGGUCCGAAUAGCCAAUGCAAAGAUUUGGGCGAAACGCCAUCGUGCUCGUGUUUACCUGAUUUCUUAGGCAGUCCUCCAAAUUGUCGGCACGAAUGCAACAUCAACUCGGAAUGUCCAAGCAAAUUCGCAUGCAUCCACCACAAAUGUUUGGAUCCAUGUCCUGGAUCAUGUGGUGCUCUAGCCCAUUGUAAUGUAAUAAAUCACAUGCCGGUAUGCAACUGUCCAGAAGGAUAUACCGGAGAUCCGUUUAAUUAUUGCUCCCCCAAACCACCUGCAAAAGAACCGCCAGCAGUAAAUCUCUGCAAUCCUUCGCCCUGUGGGCCCAACUCCGUUUGCAGGAAUGGCACAUGCACAUGUCUGCCGGACUAUCAUGGCGAUCCAUACAAUGAAUGUAGACCAGAGUGUGUCCUUUCAAAUGAUUGUCCGAGAGAUAAGACUUGCAUUAGACACAAAUGCAAAGAUCCGUGUCCCGGUACUUGCGGACAAAAUGCAGUGUGCAACGUAAUUGAUCACAUACCCAUGUGUUCAUGCUUAGACGGUUACUCUGGCAACGCUUUUCUCAUUUGUUCGAAAAUACCAGCAGAAACCCCUAAAAAACCAUGCAACCCAUCGCCAUGUGGUCCAAACAGUCAGUGUAGAGAAGUAAACCAACAACCCGUGUGUUCUUGCUUGUCCGGUUUCAUAGGUAGUCCACCAACUUGCCGACCUGAGUGCGUAACAAGUGAAGAAUGCUUACUGCACCAAGCUUGUGUCAAUCAAAAAUGUAUCGAUCCGUGCCCUGGCGUUUGUGGUAUUUUAGCCCAAUGUCAAGUGGUGCAUCACAAUCCGAUUUGCGCUUGCUUGCCCGGGCACACUGGAAAUCCUUUCGUGAGAUGCACGCCCAUUUUAGCUGAAGAAGCAGUAGUUAAACCAUCAAACCCGUGUAUUCCCAGCCCGUGUGGCCCCAAUUCUGAAUGCAGGGCGAUCGGAGAAUCACCAUCUUGUUCUUGUUUGCCGACCUUUAUUGGAUCGCCUCCGAAUUGUAAACCGGAAUGUGUAUCAAAUGGCGACUGCAGUAGUCAAUUGGCCUGCAUAAAUAAUAAAUGUGCUAGCCCUUGUCCUGGGAUAUGCGGCACCAACGCAGAAUGUCAAGUAAUUAGUCACGCCCCUAUUUGCAUUUGCGUAGAAGGCUUCGUGGGCGAUCCCUUCGCCCAAUGUACUCCAAAACCCCCCAUUCCAAUUCAGGAACACCUAACCCCGUGUUUCCCAUCACCAUGCGGCCCGAAUGCUGAAUGCCGAGAACAGUAUGGUGCAGGAUCAUGCAAAUGUCUUCCAGAAUAUGUCGGAAAUCCUUACGAAGGCUGCAGACCCGAAUGUGUUGUAAACACAGAUUGCCCUUAUAAUGACGCUUGCCUUAAAAAUAAAUGUCAAAAUCCUUGUCCCGGAACGUGUGGUCAAAAUGCAGAAUGUCAGGUGGUCAAUCAUUUACCAAUGUGUACUUGCCUCAGGGGAUAUACCGGCGAUCCUUUCAGUUAUUGCAAUUUAAUACCCCCAAAACACGACAUACCUCAGAAUCCCUGCCAGCCGACUCCGUGCGGACCGAAUAGUCAGUGCAAAGAAAUUAAUGGUCAAUCUGUCUGUUCGUGCUUACCAGAAUUUAUCGGAAAUCCUCCUGGUUGUAGGCCGGAAUGCGUGACUAGUUCAGAAUGUCCGCUGAGCAAAGCGUGUGUCAACAAAAAAUGUCAAAAUCCUUGCCCGGAUGUGUGCGGAAACAACGCCGAAUGUCGUGUGAUAAAUCAUGGGCCGGUAUGCUCUUGCAGACAUGGCUUCACGGGCGACCCAUUCAGUAGAUGCAUACCCAUUCCUACUAUGACUGAAAUAAUCGAACCGGUAACUAGCAACCCAUGCGUGCCUACGCCCUGUGGUCCGAAUAGUCAAUGCAAUAACGUUAAUGGCGUGCCAGCAUGUUCGUGCGCGAUCAAUUUUAUAGGUAGCCCUCCAAACUGUCGACCUGAAUGUCUAAUCAACGCAGAAUGCCAAAGCAAUUUAGCCUGCAUCAAUCAAAAAUGCAAAGAUCCAUGUGUCGGAGCGUGCGGGAGUGGUGCCUUAUGUUCCGUGAUUAAUCACACACCUACUUGCGCGUGUCCAGAAGGUUACGUAGGUGACCCUUUCAGUUAUUGUAAUCUUAAACCGCAAGAAAUUGCACCGAUUUCGUCCGACUUGUGCAAUCCAUCCCCAUGCGGGCCCAAUGCCCAGUGCGAUGACGGAAUUUGUAGUUGCAUACCCGAAUACCGAGGCGAUCCGUACGCUGGUUGUAGACCCGAAUGCGUAUUGAAUAACGAUUGUCCUCGCCACUUGACCUGCAUUAAUAGUAAAUGCAAAAAUCCUUGUACGGGAACUUGCGGCAUCAAUGCCGAAUGCACAGUUGUCAGUCAUAUCCCUAUGUGCACAUGCCAUUCCGGAUAUUCAGGCAAUGCAUUUAUAAUGUGUAAUCCUAUAGAAAGACCUCCUCCCAAAAAUCCUUGCAGUCCAUCACCUUGCGGACCUAAUAGUCAAUGCAAAGAAGUCAAUGGACAGGCGGUAUGUUCUUGUAUACCAAGUUAUAGCGGUAGUCCUCCUACGUGUAGACCAGAAUGCAUUGUUAGUUCGGAAUGUGCCCUGAAUAAGGCGUGUCUCAAUCAAGUAUGCAUAGAUCCUUGCCCAGGCACCUGUGGUAUCGGAGCGCACUGUCAAGUUUCUAAUCACAACCCUAUUUGUACUUGUCCCACGAGACACACAGGUGAUCCUUUCGUUCGCUGUCUCCCGAUCCGGGAUGAACCCGUGGAUUUGCCUUCCGACCCUUGCCAGCCAUCGCCGUGUGGCCCGAGAUCCCAGUGCAAAAAUAUCGGUGGAAAUCCAUCUUGCUCGUGCCUGCCCGAUUUCAUUGGAACACCGCCCAAUUGUAAACCAGAAUGCGUCGGCAACAGUGAAUGCGCCAGUCAUUUAGCGUGCAUAAACCAAAAAUGCAAAGACCCCUGUCCCGGAGUGUGCGGGACCCACGCGGAUUGCCGCGUCCUCAGCCACACUCCCAAUUGCGUUUGCCACUCAGGUUAUACCGGCAAUCCGUUCAGUGAAUGUCAUUUUGCGCCACCCUUGGAAGUUAUCACACCAUGUUCUCCGUCACCCUGCGGGGCGAACGCCCUUUGUCGCGAACAAAAUGGCGCCGGCUCGUGCGUUUGUUUGCGCCAUUAUAUUGGAAAUCCGUACGAAGGAUGUCGCCCAGAAUGUUCAGUUAAUAGCGAUUGUCCGUCGAACAAAGCCUGCGUUAAUUUGAAAUGCGCAGAUCCUUGUCCGGGAACAUGCGGAACUAGUUCGCAGUGCCUCGUGAUAAAUCACGUGCCCUCUUGUACUUGUUUUCCGGGUUACAGCGGCGAUCCCUACCAACGCUGUACCGUUGAAGUCGUAGAACCAACAAUAGAAGAUAGACCGACAAAUCCCUGCCAACAAUCCCCUUGUGGGCCCAAUAGUCAAUGUAAAGAAGUCAAUGGUCAAGCAGUAUGCUCUUGCCUAUCGGACUAUAUUGGUAGUCCUCCCGCCUGCAGGCCAGAAUGCGUGGUCAGCACCGAGUGUUCCCCAAAUAAGGCUUGCAUAAAUAGAAAGUGCGUGGAUCCGUGUCCUGGAACGUGCGGAGUAAAUACGAAUUGUAAAGUCAUUAAACACAGUCCCAUAUGUAGUUGUUUGCCUGGAAACACCGGUAAUCCGUUUACCCGCUGUUAUGCCAUUGUCGUGGAGUCUAUACAAACAGCGCCACCGAAGGAUCUUUGCCUUUUAUCACCUUGCGGCCCAUAUAGCCAAUGUAGAGAUUUGGGCGGAUAUCCGUCAUGUUCUUGCUUACCCACGUAUUUAGGAGUACCCCCGCACUGUAAACCGGAGUGCGUCAUCAAUUCCGAAUGUCCGAGUAACUUGGCUUGUAUUCGAGAGAAAUGUCAAAAUCCCUGUCCUGGCUUGUGUGGCGCAAAUGCGCUGUGCACCGUGAGAAACCAUGUUCCAAGUUGCACCUGUAUUGAAACUCAUACCGGUGAUCCCUUCACUGCCUGUCACAUUAAACCUGUGCAAGAGAUCGUAUCCGAAACCGACCCGUGCUACCCCUCACCUUGUGGUCCAAACGCUGAAUGUACCGAGGGUAUUUGCACCUGCCUUCGGGAAUAUCAAGGAGACCCGUACGUAGGAUGUAGACCUGAAUGCGUACUAAACAGCGAUUGUCCCAAACACAAAGCCUGCGUGCAGAAAAAAUGCAUCGACCCAUGUCCAGGAACGUGCGGACAGAAUGCGCGAUGUGACGUCUAUAAUCAUAUUCCUAUGUGUUCUUGUUUACCUGAUCACACCGGUAACCCAUUCAUAUUUUGUAACAAAAUUCCGGCGCCUCUUCCGCAAAAUCCAUGUCAACCAUCGCCCUGCGGGCCCAACAGUCAAUGCAAGGAAGUUAAUAACGGAGCUGUGUGCUCAUGUCUAGUUGGGUACCUCGGUAGUCCCCCUACUUGUCGUCCCGAGUGUGUCUCCAGUAACGAAUGUAAUUUGAAUCAGGCGUGCUACAAUCAAAAAUGUAUCAAUCCAUGUCCCGGAACCUGUGGUUUAGGAGCAAAAUGCCAAGUGGUCAAUCACAAUCCGAUUUGUACGUGCCCCUCAGGUUAUACGGGAGACCCAUUUAUAGCAUGUCAAAUUAGACCAACCGAAGAACCAUCAAAACCAGCGGAUCCUUGUCGACCAUCGCCGUGUGGUCCGAAUUCAGAAUGCAAAGUAACCAAUAAUUCCCCAUCUUGUUCGUGUCUUCGGGAUUACAUAGGAUCACCUCCAAAUUGCCGACCCGAAUGCGCCAGUAACAGCGAAUGUGCCAAUCAUUUGGCUUGCAUAAAUAACAAAUGCAAAAAUCCAUGUCCGGCGCCUUGCGGGUCAAACGCGGAAUGCAAAGUGAUCAGUCAUACUCCGAAUUGUGUAUGCCGUGCCGGUUAUUCAGGAAACCCGUUCAUUUCGUGCAACGUAGUACCACAAUUUGAACCGAUUGAGAAUAUUUCGCCUUGUUCACCGUCACCGUGUGGAGCCAAUGCCGCGUGCAGAGAACAAAACAGAGCAGGUUCCUGUACGUGUCUGCCUGGUUAUAUAGGAAAUCCUUAUGAGGGGUGUAGACCGGAAUGUACCUUAAAUUCAGACUGCGCACCAAAUAAAGCGUGUGUCAACAAUAAAUGCAAAGACCCGUGUCCGGGCACUUGUAGCCAAAAUGCUUAUUGCCAAGUCAUCAACCACUUGCCCUCGUGCUCUUGUAAUCCCGGAUAUACCGGCGAUCCGUUCACUUAUUGUCGUUUCUUGGAACCGACACCGGUUUUGGAAGAAGUGCCGCACGACCCUUGUCAACCAUCACCCUGUGGACCAAACAGUCAAUGUAAAAACAUUAACGGUCAACCGGUUUGUUCUUGCUUGCCAGCAUUUAAAGGUAGUCCGCCGGGAUGCAGGCCCGAAUGUAUCGUGAGCUCGGAGUGCCCGUCGAAUAAGGGUUGUAUAUCUCAGAAAUGUGCCGACCCUUGCGCCGGUACUUGUGGACUUAACUCCAAUUGCCAAGUUAUCAAUCACAGUCCGAUAUGUAGUUGCAUACCUCGUUUUACUGGUGACCCGUUCACCAGAUGCUCUCCAAUUCCACCUCCGUCUGCAUCGCCUGUUAUCCAACUUGUGAUAGAUCCCUGCGUACCUUCACCUUGCGGUCCGAAUUCACAAUGCCGUAAUAUCGGUGGAAUUCCAUCUUGCUCGUGUCUGCCUCAAUAUAUAGGCGGCCCACCGAGCUGCAGACCGGAGUGCACAAUUAAUUCAGAGUGCUCUAGUAAUUUGGCUUGCAUCAGAGAAAAAUGUCGAGAUCCCUGCCCGGGAUCGUGUGGUGUGGGUGCCGAGUGUUCGGUUAUCAACCACAUACCGAUUUGCAGUUGUUUGCGAGAAUUUAGUGGCGAUCCAUUUAAGCAAUGCUUACUGCUUCCCCCUCCUCAAGUGGUCGUUGCAGAUCUCUGCAAUCCCUCCCCUUGUGGAGCAAACGCUCUGUGCAGAAAUGGAACCUGUAGCUGUUUACCUGAAUAUCAUGGAGAUCCUUAUGUGGGUUGCAGACCGGAAUGCAUCCUCAAUAACGAUUGUGCCAAAAAUAAGGCAUGCAUCAGGACGAAGUGUGUCGAUCCUUGUCCAGGAACGUGCGGGCAAAAUGCAGACUGCGCGAUAAUAAACCAUAUACCGAUGUGCACGUGCAGAUACGGAUAUGUAGGGAACGCCUUCGUUAUUUGCAACCCGAUACCACAAGCAACGGCGACGAGACCUUGCAUGCCAAGCCCCUGUGGCCCUAACAGUCAAUGUAGGGAGGUCAACGAUCAGGCGGUUUGUUCCUGCGUGCCCGGAUUUGCCGGGAGUCCUCCUGAUUGUAGACCGGAAUGCGUUACAAGCUCGGAAUGUAGCUUAAAUAAGGCUUGCGUCAAUCAGAAAUGUAUAGAUCCAUGUCCCGGCACUUGCGGGUUGAACGCCAAAUGUCAAGUUGUUAAUCAUAACCCCAUAUGUACCUGCUUCGAAAACUAUGUCGGGGAUCCGUUUACCAGAUGUCUUCCAAAACCGUUAGAGGAACCUGUUAUUGUGAAUCCGUGCCAACCAUCUCCGUGCGGGCCUAAUGCUCAAUGCAAAGAAAUUAACAAUAGUCCAUCUUGUUCCUGUUUGCCGGAUUUUAUCGGAACGCCACCGAACUGUAGACCUCGAUGUGUCAGCAAUAGCGAAUGCGCUAGUAACCUGGCUUGUAUCAAUUUAAAAUGUAAAGAUCCUUGCCCCGGAAUCUGCGGCCUCAAUGCCGAAUGUAGAGUGGUCAGUCACACUCCGAACUGCGUAUGUUUGUCGAAUUACGUGGGAAAUUCAUUUGUACAGUGUUCGCCACCUCCGUUACCGCCAGUGCAAGAAAUAAUUUCACCUUGCUCUCCGUCACCUUGUGGUAGCAAUGCAGUUUGCAAAGUACGCAAAAAUGCUGGAUCAUGCACUUGCCUAUCCGAUUAUAUCGGCAAUCCCUACGAAAGUUGCCGCCCUGAGUGUACGAUCAACACCGACUGUCCCUCAAAUAAAGCAUGCAUAAACAAUAAAUGUAACGAUCCUUGUCCGGGGACCUGCGGCUCGAACGCCGAAUGCCACGUACUUAAUCACUUACCGCAGUGCUCAUGUAUUCCAGGUUACACUGGAGAUCCGUUCGAUCACUGCAAAAUCAUCAUUCAAGCGAUCGAAGAUGGAACUCCGAAAAACCCAUGCCAACCAUCUCCCUGCGGACCCAAUAGUCAAUGUAGAGAAGUGAACGGCCAAGCAGUAUGCUCCUGCCUGCCCGACUAUAUCGGUAGUCCUCCUAGUUGCCGACCCGAAUGCACCCUUAGUUCCGAAUGUUCCCAAAACAAAGCUUGCAUAAACAAAAAAUGCACGGAUCCCUGUCCGGGAGUUUGUGCCCCUAACGCGGACUGUAGAGUAAUCAAUCACAGUCCUGUAUGUUCGUGUAAAUUUGAUUUUACGGGCGAUCCAUUCAUUAGAUGUUUCCCCACACCGAAACCGGUACCAGUAGAGAUCGCUCAACCGAUAAAUCCAUGUGUACCAUCACCAUGCGGACCUUACAGUCAAUGCAAAGAAGUCAAUGGGUAUCCGAUAUGCGAAUGCUUACGCACUUAUGUUGGCACGCCCCCUAAUUGCAAACCCGAAUGCACUAUCAAUUCAGAAUGCUCCAGUAACUUGGCGUGCAUCAGACAAAAAUGCGUGGAUCCGUGUCCAGGAUCUUGCGGAUCUAACGCAUUGUGUAACGUUAUCAACCACACCCCCAUCUGUUCUUGCAAUACGGGGCAUACCGGAGACCCGUUCACUUACUGUAAGCCGGCACCUCCGCCCCCGCCGGUACCUGUAGAAACAGACCCGUGCGAACCAAACCCUUGUGGAGUAAACGCGAAGUGUUCUAAUGGAAUUUGCAACUGUCUGCCCGAAUAUCGAGGAGAUCCUUACAAAGAAUGUCGACCGGAAUGCGUGUUAAACAGCGAUUGUUCAAGGGAUAGGUUAUGUACUCGUAUGAAGUGUGUAAACCCCUGUCCGGACGCUUGCGGACAAGGUGCUGAAUGCGCGGUGAUUAACCACAUCCCCAUGUGCACUUGCCCUGAAGGAUAUCAAGGGAACGCACUUGUAUUUUGCUCCAAAAGACCAGAACCCGCAGUUACAAAUCCUUGUAAUCCAAGCCCGUGCGGACCUAAUAGUAGGUGCAAAGAGAUUAAUGGACUAGCGAUAUGCUCUUGCGUAGAGGGCUAUGUCGGUAACCCUCCCAGUUGCAGACCUGAAUGCUUACUGAGCGCCGAGUGUCCUUUAAAUUUGGCGUGCGUCAAUCAAAAAUGUUCCGAUCCGUGUCCGGGCAGUUGUGGAAUCGGCGCUCAUUGCCAGACGAUCAAUCACAAUCCGAUAUGCAGUUGCUCUAUAGGUUUAACGGGGAAUCCGUUUAUCAGAUGUGAAGCGAUAAAAGAAGAACCCGUCGAAACAAUAAAUCCGUGCCGGCCAUCGCCUUGCGGUCCGUAUUCUCUGUGCAGGGAGGUCGGCGAUCAAGCGUCGUGCUCUUGCCUUCCCGAUUUUAUAGGUUCGCCUCCAAACUGCAAACCCGAAUGUAUCAGCAACAGCGAAUGCCCCAGCCAUUUGGCUUGCACGAAUCAAAAAUGUAAAGAUCCAUGUCCCGGUCUCUGCGGUGACAGUGCCGAAUGCAAAGUGAUCUCUCACACCCCGAAUUGCGUUUGCCUUCCCGGUUACGUUGGCGAUCCGUUUACGCGAUGCGCUUUCCCGCCACCACCGCCGCCCCCCGAACGUGUAAACCCGUGUCAGCCUUCACCGUGCGGCGCUAAUACCGAAUGCAAAGAACAAAAUGGUGCCGGUUCUUGCGCGUGUCUCCCGGACUACGUCGGAAACCCGUACGAGGGUUGUAGACCGGAAUGCGUACUGAACUCCGAUUGUCCUUCCAAUAAAGCGUGCAUUCGAAACAAAUGCUUGGAUCCAUGUCCGGGGACUUGCGGUCAAAACGCCAAUUGUGUCGUAGUGAAUCACUUACCUAGUUGCACAUGCCUGCCGACGUACACGGGCGAUCCGUUCACUUUCUGCAAGAUUUUGGAAGCAGAACCGAUCGAAAUACCUCAAAAUCCUUGCCAACCUUCACCAUGUGGUCCAAAUAGUCAGUGCCGCGAAGUGAACGAUCAAGCAGUUUGUUCCUGUUUGCCCAGCUUUGUAGGAAGUCCUCCUGGUUGCAGACCUGAGUGUGUAGUGAGUUCAGAGUGUCAACUCGACAAAGCUUGCAUCAACAGUAAAUGCGUUGAUCCUUGCCCGGGCACAUGUGGCUUAAAUGCCAAGUGCUCAGUAAUAAACCACAGUCCCAUAUGUGUGUGUUCGUUGGGAUAUUCUGGCGAUCCAUUCACAAGAUGUUAUUUGAUACCCCAAGAGCCGCCAACGAUAGUGCCGAUUAUGGUAGAUCCGUGCAAUCCCUCCCCCUGUGGGCCCAAUGCAGAUUGCAAAAAUGUUGGAGCAUCACCGGCUUGCUCAUGUUUAAAGGAAUUCCUUGGCAGCCCCCCAAAUUGCAGACCGGAAUGUUCGAUAAACUCAGAAUGUCCCAGCAAUUUGGCAUGUAUUCGGCAAAAGUGUGUCGACCCUUGCCCGGGUUCAUGUGGCAUCGACGCAAAUUGCGUGGUUAUUAAUCACAAUCCCACUUGCACCUGUCCGGAAAGAUACACUGGAGAUCCAUUCAAAUACUGUGUUUUUAAAAUCGAAAAGCCCCCGGUGGAAACGGACCCCUGCAAUCCUACGCCAUGCGGCUCAAAUGCUCAAUGUGAAAAUGGAAUUUGCACCUGCCUUCCAGAGUACCAAGGAGAUCCUUACAGAGGUUGUCGGCCAGAAUGUGUUUUAAAUAACGAUUGUUCUUGGGACCGAGCCUGCAUACGUAAUAAAUGCGUUAACCCAUGUUCGGGAACGUGUGGUACCAACGCCGAUUGUGUUGUGACCAACCAUAUUCCGAUAUGUUCUUGUAAUCAGGGAUUUACCGGGAACGCCUUUGUAUUGUGUUCUGCUAUACUAGCACCGGUUCCAAAUAAUCCUUGUAACCCGUCGCCCUGCGGCCCAAACAGUCAAUGCAAAGAAAUAAACGGCCAGGCGGUAUGUUCAUGCGUGCCAGGAUUCAUUGGAAGGCCGCCAACGUGCAGGCCGGAAUGUGUAACUAAUUCCGAGUGUCCCCUAAAUCAAGCUUGUGUCAACCAAAAAUGCAUCGAUCCUUGUCCGGGAACUUGCGGACUCGAUGCUUUGUGCCAAGUAUUGAAUCAUAGCCCGAUAUGUAGUUGCAGAUCAAAAUAUACUGGAGAUCCAUUUGUCAGAUGCAUAAUAAUAAGAGACGAACCAAUUGAAGUUAAAGAUCCUUGUAACCCAUCACCUUGCGGCCCGAACUCUCAAUGUAGAGAAAUUAACGGAUCACCGUCAUGUUCGUGUUUGCCAGAAUUCAGGGGCCAACCACCUAACUGUAAACCUGAGUGUGUGAGUAACAGCGACUGCGCUAAUCAUCUCGCAUGUAUCAAUCAAAAAUGCAAAGACCCGUGUCCGGGUAUUUGCGGCCAAAAUGCCGAGUGUAGAGUUGUCAGUCAUACCCCUAAUUGCGUUUGUCUAACGGGAUUUAUCGGUGAUCCGUUUACAGUAUGCUCACCCCAAAUUUUAACUCCGGAAAUUCAAACGUUGACCCCAUGCAUACCAUCUCCAUGCGGUAGUAACGCAGUUUGUAAAGAGCAAAACAAUGCAGGAUCUUGCACAUGUUUGCCCGACUAUAUAGGCAAUCCUUACGAAGGCUGUCGACCUGAAUGUCUUAUCAACACCGACUGCACCCCCAAUAAAGCCUGUAUACGAAACAAAUGUAUAGACCCUUGUGUUGGAACUUGUGGCCCUAACGCAGAAUGUAGUGUUAUCAAUCAUUUGCCUGUGUGUACGUGUCUGCCACGUUACACGGGCGAUGCUUUUCGCUACUGCUCCCUAGAACCUAUUAAAGGUGAAACUCCACAAAAUCCAUGUCAACCAUCACCAUGCGGACCAAAUAGUCAAUGCAGAGACGUAAACGAUCAAGCGGUAUGCUCAUGCUUGCCGAAUUAUUUGGGAAGUCCACCGGCAUGCAGACCGGAAUGUACUUUAAGUACGGAAUGCUCUCAAAAUCAAGCGUGUACCAAUCAAAAAUGCGUAGACCCAUGCCCAGGUACUUGCGGACUGAACACUAAUUGCCAAGUCAUCAACCACAGUCCGAUAUGUAGCUGCAGAAACGCAUUUACCGGCGAUCCGUUCAGUAGAUGUUAUCCUAUACCGGUGGUAGAAGAACCUGCAGUUUUGAUCGAAAAAGAUCCCUGCGUGCCAUCCCCUUGCGGGCCAAAUAGUCAAUGUCGCGAUAUCGGAGGCAAUCCUUCAUGCUCUUGUCUCAUCAAUUACAUCGGCAGCCCACCCAACUGUCGUCCCGAAUGCAGUAUAAACUCGGAAUGUUCCAGAAAUAUGGCUUGCGUGAGAGAAAAGUGCAUAGAUCCAUGUCCAGGUUCUUGUGGAACUAACGCCGUAUGCAAUGUAAUUAACCACACACCGAUAUGCACUUGCCUGGACGGUUAUACUGGAGACCCCUUUACCGCGUGUUUUAUCAAACCGCAAAUAGUGCAACCUGCAGAAACAGAUCCGUGCCACCCGUCUCCGUGUGGCGCCAAUGCAGAAUGCAAUAAUGGCAUCUGCACUUGCGUAGUUGAGUUUCACGGAGAUCCUUACAGAGGUUGUAGGCCAGAAUGUGUAUUGAGUACUGAUUGUCCAAGAGAGCAAGCUUGUAUAAGGAAUAAAUGUAAAGAUCCAUGCCCAGGGACGUGCGGUACAAAUGCCGAAUGUUCCGUAAUAAAUCACAUCCCCGUGUGCGCUUGUAAAGCGCAAUUUACAGGCAACGCCUUCGUUUUAUGUACUCCGAUUCCAGUGGAAGCACCCAAAAACCCUUGUUCACCGUCUCCUUGCGGGCCCAACAGCCAGUGCCGAGAAAUAAACGGUCAAGCGGUGUGCUCUUGCGUUCCCGGAUUCAUAGGCAGCCCACCAACUUGUAGACCAGAAUGCAUAACCAGUCCUGAGUGUCCUUUAGAUAAAGCCUGCAUGAAUCAAAAAUGUAUCGAUCCUUGUCCAGGAACUUGCGGAAUAAGCGCACAAUGUCAAGUGGUUACACACAACCCUAUUUGUUCUUGUCCACCAAUGCAAACUGGAGAUCCAUUUGUCAGAUGCCAACCGAUAAGAGAGCAGCCAGUACAAAUGCCUCAGAAUCCAUGCCAACCGUCGCCAUGCGGACCAAACGCUCAGUGCAAGGCCAUUGGCGAUUCUCCGUCUUGUUCUUGCAUACCAGAUUUUAUAGGCUCCCCCCCUAAUUGUAGGCCAGAAUGUGUCAGUAAUAGCGAAUGUUCUUCCCAUUUGGCUUGCAUUAAUGGAAAAUGUCGCGAUCCCUGUCCGGGAGUCUGUGGCCUGAACGCCGAAUGUCGGGUAGUAAGUCACACACCCAACUGCGUGUGCCUAACAGGAUUCGAAGGCAAUCCGUUCCUCCAAUGUACCGCGGCAAUAAAACCAAUCCUUGACGAAAGGCCGACACCUUGUGUGCCUAGUCCUUGCGGUGCGAACGCUGUCUGUAGAGAACAGAACGGAGCGGGCUCAUGUGCUUGUAUACACGAUUAUUUAGGCAACCCUUACGAAGGUUGUCGGCCCGAGUGCACCCUAAACACCGACUGUCCAUCAAAUAAAGCUUGCAUUAACAGUAAAUGUAAAGAUCCGUGUCCCGGCGUGUGUGGUCAAAAUGCCCAAUGUAACGUAAUUAACCAUCUACCGUCAUGCUUUUGUAUUCCGGGUUUCACUGGAGAUCCUUUCCGUCAUUGCAAUGUUGUGUUUGAAACUGUAGUUGAGGAACUUACUAAUCCUUGCCAACCGAAUCCAUGUGGACCCAACAGCCAAUGUCAAGAAGUUAAUAAGCAAGCAGUGUGCGCUUGUUUACCGGAAUACAGCGGUAGUCCGCCUAGUUGUAGACCAGAAUGCACAGUCAGUUCCGAAUGUAGUCUGGAUAAAGCGUGUAUCAAUCAAAAAUGUAGAGACCCCUGUUCCGGUACUUGCGGCAUAAAUGCGAAUUGUAAAGUUAUCAAUCACAGUCCUAUCUGUAGCUGCGUUAACGGUUUCACUGGAAAUCCCUUCUCAAGAUGUUACACUAUUUCAGUUGUUCAAGAAGUUGCCGAAAAACCGAUAAUCAAAAACCCUUGCGUACCAUCUCCAUGCGGCCCUAACAGUCAAUGUGCCGACAUCGGCGGAUCGCCAUCUUGUUCAUGUCUGCCAAAUUAUCAAGGGUCUCCACCCGGUUGUAGGCCUGAAUGUAUCAUAAGUGCCGAUUGUCCGAGUAAUCUGGCGUGUAUUAACGAAAAAUGCAGGGACCCAUGUCCAGGUUCAUGCGGAACUUCGGCAAUUUGCAGCACUUUUAGCCACAUUCCAAUAUGCAAUUGUCCUGAAGGAUACACCGGUGAUCCUUUCAGUUACUGCGCUCUCAAACCGCCAAUGAAGGAACCAAUCGAAAUUGACCUCUGCAAUCCAUCACCUUGCGGUGCCAACACACAAUGCGAAAACGGUGUGUGCACAUGCUUGCCCCAAUUCCAGGGAGAUCCUUAUAGCGGUUGUAGACCGGAAUGCGUAAUUAAUAACGAAUGUCCAAGAGACAAAGCAUGCAUCAAAAACAAGUGCGUCGAUCCUUGCCCAGGAACUUGUGGUCAAAACGCUCAAUGCGCCACUAUCAAUCACAUCCCCAUCUGUACGUGUUUGGAAGGUUAUAUUGGCAAUUCUUUCAUCUCGUGUUCCCCAAUUCCUUCGGAAAUACCCAAAAACCCAUGCAGUCCGUCACCGUGUGGUCCCAACAGUCAAUGCAGAGAAAUAAACAGCCAGGCCGUGUGCACAUGUGUUCCAGGUUUUAUAGGAAGCCCUCCAACAUGUAGACCAGAAUGUGUAUCUAGUUCCGAGUGUGCUCUCAAUAAAGCUUGCGUAAAUCAGAAAUGCAUAGAUCCAUGUCCCGGAACUUGUGGCUUAAACGCGUUAUGUCACGUUACUAAUCACAAUCCCAUAUGCAGUUGUCCCAUCAAAUUCUCCGGGGAUCCAUUUACUAGAUGCACUCCAAUAAGUAAGACUGAUUUGCCAUGGACCGUAAAAAUAUUGACCUAUAUUCGCAUUUUAGGGGAAGACCCCUUGGAAGUCGAAACUUCGUGCAGUCCUUCCCCGUGCGGUCCUAAUUCCUUAUGCAAGGAGAUUAAUCGAUCUCCGUCUUGCUCGUGUCUUCCGGGCUUUGUUGGUUCUCCGCCAAGUUGCCGUCCUGAGUGCGUUAGCAACGGCGAGUGCGCCAAUCAUUUGGCUUGCAUUAACCAAAAGUGUGCUGACCCCUGUCCCGGAAUUUGUGGAGAAAACGCAGAGUGCAAAGUGAUCAGUCACGCCCCUAACUGCGUGUGUAUCCAAGGAUAUGUCGGCAAUCCUUUCGUAAACUGCGGAAUUAUUGAGGCACCAAAACCUGUAGAACAAAUAAACCCGUGCGUCCCGUCUCCUUGUGGAUCAAACACUCUGUGUAGAGAACAUGCCAAUGCUGGUUCUUGCGUCUGUAUAGAAAAUUACAUCGGGAACCCAUACGAGGGAUGCAGACCCGAAUGUGUUCUAAACACCGACUGUGCCUCUGAUAAGGCUUGCAUAGGAAAUAAGUGUACCAACCCAUGCCCGGGGACAUGUGGCCAAAAUGCUGAAUGUCAAGUUAUCAACCACGUACCUUCUUGCACGUGUGUUCCGCGCUACACCGGCAACCCAUUUGUCUUCUGCAAUUUAAUGAUCGAAGAACCUCUUAUAGAAAUACCGUCCAAUCCUUGUCAACCUAGUCCGUGUGGUCCAAACAGUCGGUGCCGUGCCACAAACGGCCAGGCGGUUUGUUCCUGUAUGCCCGAAUUCGUUGGGAAUCCGCCCCUGUGCCGACCAGAAUGUACGGUCAGCUCUGAAUGUUCCCAAAACCGAGCCUGUAUUAAUCGUAAAUGCGCGGAUCCUUGUGAAGGCUCUUGUGGCCUUCGAACUGACUGUAAAGUAAUCAACCACAGUCCCGUAUGUAGUUGCGUAGCUGCUCAUACCGGCGAUCCCUUUACUGCUUGCUACCCAAUUCCCCCACCUCCACCUGAGAAAGCCCCCAUGGUUAACCCUUGCGUGCCGUCGCCAUGCGGGUCAUUCUCCAUUUGUCAAGAUAUUAACGGACAACCAUCUUGUUCUUGCGUAACAGGCUAUAUAGGCUCGCCGCCCAAUUGUAGACCAGAAUGUACUAUCAACUCGGAAUGUUCCAGCAGUCUCGCUUGUAUUAAGCAGAAAUGUCGAGAUCCAUGCGCCGGUUCUUGUGGAGUCAACGCUCGUUGUAGCGUAACAGAUCAUAUACCAAUUUGCACUUGCAUAAACGGAUACACGGGCGAUUCAUUUACGGGUUGUUAUCCAAAACCAGUUGUCGUAGAAGAGGAAAAGAAUCCGUGCAAUCCAUCACCUUGCGGAGAUAACGCUCGAUGCAGUAACGGAAUCUGUACAUGUUUGCCCGAAUACUUAGGAGAUCCUUACGUGGGAUGCCGUCCUGAAUGUGUCCACAACAAUGACUGUUCCAAAAAUAAAGCUUGUAUAAGGAAUAAAUGUUCCGAUCCGUGCGUGGGUAUUUGCGGACAAAACGCCCAGUGCUCCGUCAUAAACCAUAUUCCAACGUGCACGUGUCUCGAGCGGUACACUGGCAGUGCGUUUAUUUUGUGUACUCCUAUUCCGCCCGAAGAGUCAAAGAAUCCGUGUAGCCCGUCCCCUUGUGGUCCCAAUAGUCAAUGCCGGAUCAUCAACGGUCAAGCAGUAUGCUCUUGCGUGUCUGGUUACCUCGGCAACCCGCCGAACUGUAGACCCGAAUGUACCUCCAGUUCAGAAUGCUUGUUAGACGAGGCUUGUCUAAAUCAAAAAUGUAUCGAUCCUUGUCCGGGUACAUGCGGAUUAAACGCCGUUUGCCGUGUCGUGAACCAUAACCCGAUAUGCAGUUGCGUACCUCAGUAUUCUGGAGAUCCUUUCAUCAGAUGUUCACCAAUACAAGAAGAAAUACCCGCGAAAACGGAACCAUGCCGACCAUCACCUUGUGGUCCAAAUUCGCAAUGUCGCGACGUCAACGGUGCACCGGCCUGUUCUUGCCUGCCAGAUUUUGUCGGUUCUCCACCGUACUGCAAGCCGGAGUGUGUCAGUAAUAGCGAAUGUCCCAGUAAUUUGGCAUGUAUUAAUCGAAAGUGCAAAGAUCCUUGUCCGGGCACAUGCGGUAGUAACGCGGAAUGUCGAACUGUGUCCCACACGCCCAACUGCCUAUGCUCACCCGGAUACACCGGAAAUCCAUUCCAGAGCUGUGUGGAAAUUAGAGCGCCGGUAGUGGCCGAAAUUGUUAAGCCCUGCUCUCCGUCGCCUUGCGGCAGUAACGCCAUAUGCACAGAAAGAAACAAUGCCGGCUCUUGUAUAUGCAUACCGGAAUAUAUCGGCAACCCUUACGAAGGAUGUCGCCCAGAAUGCACGCUCAAUUCCGAUUGCGUAUCGAACAGGGCUUGCAUAAACAAUAAGUGCGUCGACCCGUGCCCUGGCACCUGCGGACCCAAUGCCCUCUGCUACGUCAUCAACCACUUACCUUCGUGCAGUUGCAACCCGGGCUAUAGCGGAGAUCCGUUUAAAUUGUGUACCGUAAUACCCGCCAAAGAAGAACCAGUUCCUGUAGCACAAAACCCGUGCACCCCAUCACCUUGCGGACCGAACAGUAAAUGCAAUGUCGUAAACGAGCAGGCGGUCUGCUCUUGUUCAUCGGAUUAUAUAGGAACGCCUCCGGGUUGUAGGCCGGAGUGUACGGUCAGCUCGGAGUGCGCCUUGCGCAAGGCGUGCGUCAACCAAAAAUGCGUAGAUCCUUGUCCGGGAGUGUGCGGUCUCGACGCUAUCUGUACCGUGAUCCUUCACAGUCCCAUAUGUAGCUGCGCGGUAGGACAAACCGGCGAUCCAUUUACCAAAUGCUACACUGUCGUAGAGACUCCACCAGAACGGCUACCGGAACGAGUCAAUCCGUGCGUUCCCAAUCCUUGCGGUCUGAACAGCCAAUGCAGGGACAUUAACGGUAGCCCUUCGUGCUCUUGUUUGCCCACGUACGUUGGUUAUCCGCCGCAAUGUAGACCGGAGUGCAAAAUAAACUCCGAGUGUCCGAGUAAUUUGGCUUGUAUUAACGAGAAGUGUAAAGAUCCGUGUCCGGGUUCUUGCGGCGUCGGAGCAAUUUGCCAAGUUAGGUCUCACAGCCCGAUAUGCUUUUGCCCACCGGGUUACGUCGGCGAUGCCUUCAGCGUGUGCGUUUUGAAACCCGCGGAAAUACCGGCGAUACCGAGAGACCCGUGCGUGCCAAGUCCGUGCGGACACAACGCACGGUGCGAUAAUGGCACUUGCGCCUGUUUUCCUGAGUACUUUGGCGACCCGUAUAACGAGUGCAAACCCGAAUGCGUGAUAAACGCCGAUUGUGCUACGAACAAAGCGUGCGUGCGGCAAAAAUGCGUGGAUCCAUGUCCGGGCACCUGCGGUCUAAACGCGGAUUGCUUCGUGUACAGCCACGUGCCAUCUUGCACUUGCGUACCCGGAUAUACCGGUAACGCGUUUAGCGCGUGCGUUAAACUUGAAGCCCCGCCUCCAAGCAACCCUUGCAAUCCGACUCCUUGCGGUCCGAACAGUCAAUGCAGAGAAAUCAAUCUACAAGCGGUAUGUUCGUGUUUGGCUGGUUACGUCGGUGCUCCACCUAAUUGCAAACCAGAGUGUAUUAGCAAUUCGGAAUGUCCCAUAACCAAAGCUUGUGUUAACCAAAAAUGUAUCGAUCCUUGUCCCGGGUCAUGCGGACUCGACGCCCUAUGCCAAGUGGCAAAUCACAACCCGAUUUGCACUUGCCCCUUGAAAUAUUCGGGUGAUCCUUUUAUACGGUGCACACCAAUAACCGUCAGCGAACGCAACCCAACGGUCCCCGUGAACCCAUGCGUACCCUCCCCUUGCGGCGCUAACGCUCAAUGUGAACCGACUCCUAAUGGCGCUCCUAGAUGCGCUUGUUUCCAAGGUUACUUUGGAGCACCCCCGAACUGUAGACCAGAAUGUAGUACCAAUAGCGAUUGCCCUUCGAAUAGAGUUUGCGUAAAUCAAAAAUGUCAAGAUCCUUGUCCCGGUAUCUGCGGUCUGAACGCUCGCUGUUUCGUUGUCAAUCAUAUAGCAAAUUGUCGUUGCGAAGACAACUACAUCGGCGAUCCUUUCGCUGCCUGCAACGUUAAACCAGUUAUACCACCACCUCCAAGAAAACCACAGGAACCGUGCAUUCCAUCGCCGUGUGGUGCUAACGCCAGAUGUAGAACGGAAAACAACUACGCCAUCUGCGAGUGCUUGCCAGACUUCCAUGGCAACCCAUACGAGAACUGCCGACCGGAAUGCCUGGCCAACUCUGACUGUUCAAUGAACACGGCAUGCAUAAGAAACAAAUGUCAAGAUCCUUGUCCGGGGACUUGCGGCGUCAACGCCGUUUGCGCCACGACCAACCACAUCCCAGUUUGUUCCUGUUUGGACGGCUACAGCGGCGAUCCGUUUAGGCUAUGUCACGUCAUCGAAAAAGUGCCCGAUGACCCAUGCAAUCCAACGCCCUGCGGUAUCAACACAAUUUGCCGCCAGCAAAACGGCAACGCCGUCUGCGAGUGUGUGCCAGGGUUCUUCGGUAAUGCCCACUUUGGCGGAUGCAAGCCAGAAUGUACAAUAAGCGCGGACUGCUCCAGGGACAAAGCCUGCGUUAACAAUAAAUGCGUCGAUCCUUGUCCGGGCGUAUGCGGCUACAAAGCGAAUUGCAACGUGAUUAAUCACAGCCCAGUGUGCAGCUGUCCGCAACCGCUUAUCGGUGAUCCGUUCAACCUCUGUCAAGAACAAGUUAAAGAGGAACCGAUUGAUCCCUGCAAUCCGUCGCCUUGCAGAACAAACGGACAAUGUAAAAUUGUCAACGAAGUAGCGAUAUGUACAUACCCUGAGUGUGUAAUUAAUCAAGACUGUCCGAGGGAUAAGGCUUGUUACUCCCAGAAAUGUCAGGAUCCGUGCAGAGACGCUUGUGGUCUGAACGCGCUCUGUCAGGUCGUCAACCAUGACGCCAUCUGUUCGUGUCCGGUUGGAUAUGUCGGACCCCCGGAAGUCCAGUGUCGAUUGCAACUACCCGAAUUCCCUAAGCCGACAGUAGAGUGCACCCAAGACACGCAAUGCGCAAACGACAAAGCUUGUAUCAACACACGUUGCGAGAAUCCGUGUGCUUACUCUCAGUGCGGUAACAACGCCGACUGUCACCCUCAAUUACACCGAGCCGUUUGCUCGUGUCGCGAUGGCUUCACGGGAAACGCUCAACAAGCUUGCGUCGAAAUCGGAUGCCGAUCAGAUUCCGAUUGUCCCACCGUUCACGCAUGCGUCAAUAAGGAGUGCGUCGAUCCAUGCACAUUCACGUCAUGCGGAGUCAACGCCCUGUGUAGGGCGGACGGUUAUCAUAAGGCAAGAUGUUACUGUCCCGAAAGGUUCAGAGGGGACCCAUUCGUCCUUUGCGAGAGGCCCGAAUGUACCACCGACGACGAAUGUCCGUAUAACCUCGCUUGCAGAAACGAACGUUGCGAAGAUCCGUGCAAUUGCGGAACCAGCGCCAUCUGCAACGUCAUCAAUCAUAGAGCGCAAUGCGCAUGUCCUCCGGGCUAUGUGGGCAAUCCUCUGAGCUCUUGUCAACGCGAAGUCAUCGAAAUAGAACCGGAAUGCAGAAUGGACGCUGACUGUCCUAGCAAACUCGCUUGUUUUAGCGGAAAAUGCAAAAAUCCAUGCUUUGAAACGAAGCCGUGCGGCGCGAAUGCCAAUUGCAUAGUUGUCGACAGCUUACCACUGAGGACGAUGUCAUGUAUUUGUCCACCUGGAUAUAUAGGCGACGCAGAUGUGUCAUGCAGGCUAGCACCUGAAGAGGAACCGGGUUGCAAAUCUCACGCCGACUGCCCAUCGACGGAAACGUGUAUCAACAGCCGAUGCAUCAAUCCCUGCACGGUAGGAAAGCCGUGCGCACCCACGGCCGAAUGCCACGCAGUAGACCACAAGGCCCAGUGUCGAUGUCCCCCUAACUUAAUUGGAGAUCCGUUCUUCCAAUGCUACGAGCAACCCAAGUAUCAACCGGAAUGUCAAACUGAUUCAGAAUGCUCAAUCGAAAAAUCAUGUAUUAAUCUUCACUGCCUUAAUCCUUGCGACUUUAACAAUCCCUGUGGAAGCAAUGCGGUAUGUCGCACGGCACUUUAUAGACCAACGUGCGAAUGCCAGGACGGAUGGCUUGGAAAUCCUCAAAUCGCCUGUUAUCAACCCGAAUGCAAGAGAGAUAACGACUGCCCGUACAACAAAGCCUGCCUCAACGAAAACUGCCUGAAUCCUUGUGCGUCGACGACGUGUGGGCGUGGCGCCGAAUGCGUCGUUCUCAAUCAUGUCGCUCAAUGCCGUUGCCCGUCUGGAACUCAAGGCGACCCUUCGAUUUCUUGCAUAACCGGCCAGUGCCGGUACAACGAGGACUGUGCCGAUCACGAAGCGUGCGAUCGCUUAAAUAGAAUUUGCAGGCCGGUUUGCAACGACGAUUCGUGCGCGAGAAACGCCGCCUGCGUCGGCCGACGUCAUCAACCUCAAUGUCACUGCCCCGCUGGUAUGAUAGGAAAUCCGUUUAUUGAAUGUAAAACCCUCGUCGAACCAAAAUGUAUCACCGAUUCGGACUGUCCGACUCAGCUUGCUUGUAUCAAUCAAUUGUGCCAGAAUCCAUGCUCCAUUGGAGAUAUCUGCGUAGCGGAUCAAGAGUGUAGAGUGGUAGAUUCCUUACCUCUACGUACCAUAAUGUGUGUUUGUCCGCCCGAUAGGGUAGUGGAUAGCACCGGAAUAUGUAAACCGAUAGUUCACGGACAGCCACAAUGUCGUGUAGACGACGAUUGCGCAGACAGCGAAAAAUGCAUUCGAGGAACGUGCCUAAACGCAUGCGCAUUCGAUAAAUGCGGAAUCAACGCGUUGUGCAACGCGCUUAAGCAUCUGGCGAUUUGUUCCUGCGCACCGGGUUAUACCGGAAACGCGCGGAUCGAAUGCGCAAAUAUUCCGAAAAAUGUGGUGCCAAUUUUCCCGCCAGAAUGCACGGUAGACACCGAAUGUCCGUUGGACAAGUCGUGUAGAAACGAAAGAUGCGUGAAUCCUUGCAGAGAGGACAAAGCGUGCGCAACCAACGCCUUCUGUUCGGUCAACAAACACAAAGCUGUAUGUAAAUGCCCCGAGGGUUACGACGGAAAUCCUCAAGUUGAUUGCAUACCCCCUGUUGGACUAGUGGUGGGCUGCGCUUCAAAUACCGAUUGCCCCAAGAGCGAAUCCUGUAUCAAUCGACAGUGUCUCAACCCAUGUAAUUGCGGACCUAACUCCGAGUGUAAAGUUAUCCAUCAUUACCCAAUGUGUUACUGCCGGCCGGGCUACUCGGGCAAUCCUCAAACCGGUUGCUUUAAACUGGGUUGUCAAUCCGACAGCGAGUGCUCGGACGAUCAACAAUGCUUCAACUCUCAAUGCGUCAAUCCUUGCAUCCUGCACGAUCCUUGCGCGAUAAACGCCGAGUGCUACGGCCAAAGGCACAGAGCCAACUGUAGAUGCCCCGCGGCAUUCGAAGGCGAUCCGUUUAGACGAUGCGAGAGAUUCGAAUGUCACACUGACAGCGAUUGUCCGAACAACAGAGCCUGCCUAGACCGUCGCUGCGUCGAUCCCUGCUCGACCGUCGCAAAUCCGCCGUGCGCCAGCAACGCCAUCUGCUACGUUCAAAAUCACGCGGCCGCUUGCACGUGUCCUCCUCACCUGCCCCAAGGUAACCCGCUCUCGUUCUGUAAUCCUCCCCCCAAAGCCGUGGACGUUCCCGAAUGCGUCCUCGAUUCCGAUUGUCCGGCUCAACUGGCGUGUAUAAAUAGCGGGUGUACGAACCCGUGCGAAAAGAUAUCUCCCUGUCACGCGUCAGCGAAAUGUAGCGUGUUGGAUACGAUCCCGGUGAGGACUAUGGCGUGUACUUGUCCGGAAGGUUGGGUGCCGAACGAUAACGGGGAAUGUCAAGCGAUCGUCAUACCGAUACCACCCGGUUGUACCCGAGACGAUGACUGUCCCGACCGGGAGGCAUGCGUGAACCGUAUAUGUCGAAACCCGUGCGACUGCGGCAUCAACGCCGACUGUCACGUACAAAACCACCGACCGAUCUGCUCGUGCAAGGAGGGUUUCGAGGGCAACCCUAACAUAGCGUGCCGCACCAUCGGCUGUCGAAUCGAUUCCGAAUGCGAGUCGAGCAAGGCCUGCGUGAACGGUCACUGCAUAAACCCGUGCCUGAUAGAGGACCGAUGCGGCAUUAACGCCGAAUGCUUCGUGAGGGACAACGCCGUCGACUGUCGCUGCGCGAGCGGCUUCAAGGGCGACCCCUAUCGGCGUUGCGUAGUGGUGGAAUGCGUCUCGAACAGCGACUGUCCCGACGAUAGGAAAUGCAUCAACUCGCAAUGCGUCGACCCGUGUCUCUACGAGAGUCCUUGCAGUUUGCGCGCCGAAUGCCGGGUGCGGAAUCACAUGGCUCUUUGCCGGUGUCCCGCCGGAUUGGUCGGGAACCCGUACGUCGACUGCAAACCGGAACCGCAGCCGGAAUGUCGCGUGGACGGCGACUGCCCGUCGCAACUGGCGUGCAUUAAUAACGUGUGUCAAAAUCCGUGCGCGGCUUUGAAACCGUGCAGCAACUCUGCCGAGUGCCAAGUAUACGACUCGCUGCCCGUACGGACGAUGAUUUGCGUAUGUCCGCCGGGUUAUCUGAGCAGCGGCAGCGGCACCUGCGGCCCGGUGACCGAAGUAAGGGUCGUGGGAGCAUGCGUGAGCGACUCCGAGUGUCCGUCCGAUCGGGCUUGUUUCAACGGUAUCUGCCGCACUCCGUGCACUUGCGGACCCGACGCCGAAUGUCGCAUCAAAGAUCACAAACCGAUAUGCUCAUGUCGCGAAGGAUUCGUCGGCAAUCCGGAGAUCGAAUGUUUACCGAUAGGUUGCGGGAGCGACGACGAAUGUUCCACGCAACAUACCUGCGUCAACAGACAAUGCGUUCCCGUUUGUUUGCCGGACGGGUCACCGUGCGGCGAAAAAGCGACGUGCUACGGAGUGAAUCACCGCGCCGUUUGCGAUUGCCCGCCCGGUCUCGCGGGUAAUCCGAACGUCGCGUGCGUAUUGGUCGGUUGCCGUUCCGAUUCCGAAUGUCCUAGCGAGAGGGCGUGUAUCAAUAACCGAUGCGAAAUUCCGUGCCACACGUCGAACCCGUGCGACGCUCCCGCGGAAUGCAAAGUCUUCGACCACGUUGUGGAGUGCGUGUGCCCGCCGGGUACCGUCGGCGACGGCCGGUUGGGAUGUACCAGGAUCGAAGUGGGUUGCAGGAAAGAUCAGGACUGCCCGUCGGGAUACGCCUGCAUAGGCGAGAGGUGCGUCAACCCGUGCGCGUCCACCGAGCCCUGCGGCGUGAACGCGGAAUGCACGGUGCUCGACACCCACCCAAUUAGGACGAUGAUUUGCCAAUGUUUGCCCGGUUACUACGGAAAUGCGGCAGUGGAAUGCAAAAAGGAAGACCUGUGCAGGAUCGAUCAAGGUUAUGUACGAACGUCCGACGGAAAAUGCGUCUGCGCACCAAACGCCGCUCUCGACGACAACGACGAAUGUGUGCCUUGUCCCGUAGAGAAAGGGUUAACAAUUGACGAACGCGGCAGAUGCGUUUGCGCUCUCGAGAAAGGCUUAAUUGUCGAUGAACGCGGAAAUUGUGUCUGUCCCACCGAAUUCGGAUACCGUCUCGACGCAAAUGGCAAUUGCGUGCCCGGAAAAGGCCCGGAAUGCGAGACCGACGACGACUGUGCCGAUCACCAGUUCUGCAACCCCAAUACCAAAACCUGUGACAACCCUUGCACGUUCAAACGUUGUGGCGUUUACGCCCUUUGUAACGCAACCAAUCACCAAGCUAUAUGUAGGUGCAUUCAGGGUUAUACUGGAAAUCCGGAAGUGUACUGCAAUACAACGACGCCCUAUCGCACGGACUUUCCCAAACCUGAAAUGGCGGUCAGCUGUCUCUCCGAUGGGGUACAAGUUCAAAUUGACAUCAAUGAAGAAGAAGGUUUCAAUGGAGUGCUCUACGUGAAAGGACAUAGUAAAGACGAACAAUGUCGCCGAAUAUUAACACUGCCACCCAAUUCCGGAACUAAAACUGAAUACUUCAAAGUACUAUUUGGUAGUUGUGGACUUAUUCACGUCAAUGGAAGAGCAAGUUUCGUGUUGGUGAUUCAAAAACAUCCAAAACUAGUGACGUACAAAGCCCAAGCUUACCACAUCCAGUGCGUUUACCAGACCGGAGAACAGAACGUCACCCUCGGCUUCAACGUAUCGAUGUUGACCACCGCUGGAACUAUAGCAAACACCGGUCCACCACCCACGUGCAUAAUGAAAAUCGUCACUCCCACGGGUCAAGAAAUAAAUUCGGCUGAAAUAGGCGACAGCCUAAUGCUCCAAGUGGACGUACAGCCUGGAUCUAUUUACGGAGGCUUCGCCAGGAGCUGCGUCGCGAAAACAAUUGAAGAUACGGUGGAAAAUGAAUAUUUGGUAACUGACGAGAAUGGUUGCGCGACGGAUCCGACAAUUUUCGGCGAUUGGGAGUACAACCCGGACACCCAGAGUUUACUGGCAACGUUCCACGCAUUUAAAUUCCCCAGCAGUGACAAUAUACGAUUUCAGUGUAAUAUAAGGGUUUGCUUUGGCAAAUGCCAACCCGUCAAUUGUCAAGGUCAUAAUGCCUUUGGCAGGAGAAGGCGAUCCGUCGCGGGCGACAAUCGAACUGGAGAUGAUUCCGGGGACGAUCUGUUAUCUGGCCAAUUAAGGGAGGAAAUUACGAUCCAGUCAAACGCCAUCCUUACGUUAGAGCGACGCGGUGAACGUUUAACGGACGCUCAAGCAUCACCGGACGCUCAACGAGUCGAAGACAUAUGCGUCUCCAUGAUCGGCUUCAUCAUAGCCUUAAUCAUCACUGCCUUGUUGGCUUUGGUGGCCGUCGCGGUUGCGGUCUCGUGUUGGCUGAUGGCUUACCGAAAUCGGCCUAAGGCAACCGGACCUUUGCCACAUCCUCCAGAGUUCCCCAACCCUCUGUUCACGACACCCGAGCCGAUGGCCGAACCAAGCCCGGACUACCUCACGUAGUUAAGCUACGAUUUUUUACCAUAAUUUUACAUCGUUAACGAAAACUUAAGCAAAACCUCAACCGUAAGCAACGAAUCAUUUUGUACGAAUUUAAAUUUUUGUAUAUUUAUUGUUUAUUUUUAUCGUAUGAUUUUGGUGCCGCGAUUGAUUUCUCUUUUUCUAUAUAAAUAUCCGUCCUAAGAAAUGCUACUCACUUGUAUUACGUACUGCCAAUUAGAAAAAAGAAAUGCGUCGCGAGCUACUAUAGUGAAUACUUUGUAAAAAACUAUGUUUAUCAGCCUAUAAUGUCGCUCGACUUAUUGUUCCAUUACGGCUGGUGGACAUAACCUGUAUCUUUUCCAGGGGCUACGUGUUUAACCACUAAGCGCAAUCAAGGGAAUAAAAUUAACGGUGGCGGUUUCUUUUUCAUUCUUCUUCUUAACAGAGAACAUUUUAACUCUACGUGACCCUUGAAUUUUAUCGUUUUGCUGUUGUAAAUAUCAAAAUGUUUCCAGUAAUAGCCUCUGGAAGACGUAUCUUUAAAUCGAAGACUAUAUAUAUUUUAUGAUUCUGUAAAAAGCGGAUGAAUGAUGAUGAAUGCGGAGACGAUCUCCAUUUUUUUAAUUAUACACUUGGUGCUGACUGAUAAAUUAUAUUAUAAACAGUCAAUUUUUAGUCAAUCCUUCUUUUUAAGUCUAAAACAAACGAACACAAAUUUAAAUGAAAAAUAUUUAUACUGAUUUGUCUUGUGAUUUCGUUUCUUUUUAAUCCCAUUAUUUAUUUAAUUUUUUGUAAUACAUUUUUGACGUCUAACGAUGAUUCCUUAAUUGUCAUUUGUGAUAAUCGCUUCUUUAAUAAUAAAUAUAAUUGUUUAGUA